CACACACACACACACUGGUCAUAUCUACAGGGAGAUCUCGUAAGUUUUCUCUCGUGUUAUCAUAUAUUGCAUCAUGGGGUUUUAACAUGUUAUGAACCAAACAAAUUAAAUCAGAAUUAACUAAUUGAUAGAUGUAGACUCAGAUUUACUAACAGAACGAAAUCAAAGCAGAUUGCAUCUGUUUAAAAGGAUGAUGUGAUAUCAACGCUUUUCAGCUAAAAGUAGGGCCCGACCGAUACAGAUUUUUUGGGCCAGUACCGAUUAUUAGGGGGGGAAAUAUCCGAUUACCAAUUAAUUGGCCGAUUAUUUAAAUUUGUUAUAAAUUGUAAAAUAUAUAUAUGUACUGUAGAUAUUUACCGUAUAAAGUAUACUGUAGAUAUACUGUAGGCUACUGCUCUUCACGCCAACAGGAAGACCGACUGAUCAACACCCCCCCAUAUGAAGUCGCUGCGCCAUCUACUGGGUAAGUCGGGAACUUUUUAAAUGGCGGAACAUUUUCGAAGUGAAACCGAAUCUUAUUCCCAGCAUUUUAUUUCUGAAAAUAUCGGCGAAGAUUGGCGAGUUUUGGCCGAUUGCCGAUUAGUUUAAAACAGGCUAAAAUUGGCUGAUUUAAUCGACCCGCCGAUAAAUCGUUCGGUCCCUAGCCAAAAGGUCUUGGAUCAAAAUGCGCUACAUGCAUGUUUAUAUUCCAAGUGCACUAGCAGUCUGGAAACACAUAAAAACAUAGAGGAAUGCACUGUAACUGAGACUAUGCUGACCUGAAUAUUAGUCACUGUCUGGGUGCGGGAGUGAGGUGUUUUUGACGCACUUCUAGUACAAUCCAUUGUCCAAUCCAAAGUUGUUGUUGAGUUAUAUUUUGGCCAUUUAUUGAUUAAACGAAAAACAAAGAAAAAGACAGCUAUGUCCAACUUACUACAAUGGUGAUGUUCAGGAUGAGGGUGAGAGUGGUAUCAGAGAUAAGCAGUAAAAACCGUGUCCUCUUUUACCUUCAGGCCGUCGUUUUAGGGCCCCUGUGAGGGGGACUAAAAGAUUUCAGGUCUCUUUUAUCCCCAGUGCAAUUUAUUUAUUGAAUAGCAGUUGACCCUCAGGCUGCUCAUGUUGUCUUGCACUAUUAUUGCUCAUUUGCACACAUUGCACUUUGAAUUACUUGGCAGUAGUUUUUCUCCACUUUUGGUACGAGCUCUGGACUAAAUUUUAGGUGGUUUUGUGUUUGUGUUUCUGAUGUUGUGUUGUUAUGUUUUUAAUCGUUCUAUGUUUUUUAAAUUUAUGUUGUCAUUGCAAACUUGUCUUUUGUCUUACGGAACAAUAAAGAGAUUCUGAUUCUGAUUCUGAUUCACUGCUUCACGUGUCCCUUGUGGUGAUUGUGCGAGUAACAAAACAAAACCGAAAACAUAAUAUAGAUAAAAUGACUUAUACAUGCACAUUACCAAACAUGGAAGCGACUCUACAUUGUACAUAUAGAGGUCUUUUUGUAAAGAAGUGUUGAGCUUUUGCUGUGACUGCAACAACAAGUGAAACCGAGUUGAUGAUCUGUCUCUUUGGUUGUUUUCUAGGCCGGGGGGUUACUGUAUUGGAUUACAGUAAACUAACAGGCUUAAAGGUGUUAUAUGCAAACAUAAUUCCAUCACAGACAACUUGUAGAGUUAUGUAACUUCCAGUCCAGGUUAAAAAAAAAGACCAUAAACCCUGAAUAAAAACCUAAAUGAAACAUAAAGAAGAGUAAAAGCAUGUUUUACAAUCUAUCUAUCUUAUCUAUCUAUCUAUCUAUCUAUCUAUCUAUCUAUCUAUGUUUUGGUUAUUUGACAUUAUGGGACUUGUUCAUUUAUAAACCUCCUCUCUGCUUGAGGGGGUUGGGUGGGGUGGAGUGGGGGGGUAAAGUGAGGACAGGGUUAAAUCUCUCUGGAACGUGCGCAGAAGACCGCACUGUGGUGCUGGAGGUCUCGCCGGUACAAGUGUCUUUACAUGGGUUUGACUCGAGCCAAGCAGCGCGCGCUCUCUGGUAGGGUUCCACCUUUGUUGUUAAACAAGAAUAAAACGGUUUUUUUUCCCCCUCCGUCUCUUGCACCCGGACGAAGUGCUGUUGACUUGGCACCUGCGCUCUGGAUGAUAAUGGAAUUAUUUUCCCUCGAAGCCAUCAGAUGUUUCCAGUGGUGGAUUUUCCCUGUUUUGGAAUGUAUUUGAUGCGCAUUUACCCCUUUUCCCGACAAACUCUCCUCUUGCUUUGCUUCCACUCUCUGCUUACUGGAGUAUGAGGAUUUCUCACUGUUUCAUUCCAAGACCUAUUUAGCAAUCAGUGAGCUUGAAUGAUGAAAAUCUUUUGAGAUGAAAAACAGCACUUUUCAGGAUAUUUAUAUUGCUUGCGCGCGGCUCGUGCCUACUCUCGCGCAUCAGCCUGUUGUCUGUGUCCGCGGAGGAACGCACAACUUUGCCUCGAGCUGGAGCUGGAGCUGGAGCGGGGGCUGCAGCCGGUCUGAGUGGCGCACCGUUAGGGCCACUCGGAGAGGGGCAUCAGCGGGGCGGCCCCGGCGUUCGGCUGUUUCGUGGUUGGACGGGGCAUCCGGUGCAGCUGUGGAGCACGGGAGGUGAAGACGGUGGUGAUGAUGAUGAUGAAUGGCCCGGCAGCUCGAGCUGGCACUUGGAUCUCGCCACCGGUUUGUUUAUUUUUGUGCGCUCUUCUCGUACUCCCGCCGUGCGCUUACUCGCACCCGCAGCCGUGCCAGGUGUUGAAACGGAUCGGCCACACGGUUCGAGUCGGGGCUCUGCACGUUCAGCCUCGCUUGCUCUCUGCGUCUGCUGGAAGCGGCUCUGAGGAUUGGGAUACAGAUCGAGGUUUGAUAGUGAGUGGGGAGCGUCGGGCUGAGUUGGAAAAGCAGGUGAAAACAAGUGUCAGUGCACCUGGAUAUGGAAGUCUCAGGACUAGGGGCACCGUUAACAGUCAGCGGGGGGCCAACAGGAGUAAAAACCAGGCACGGCAACGGGAGGAGAACACAUCACGGGAGAACCGCGUGUUCGCACCCCGAGACUCGGUCCUGCUCGCAGUAGAAGCUCUCAACCGGGUCGGAUUGCUGCCAUACAAUUUGUCUCUGGAGCUCGUCAUGGCUGUUGGGUCUGGGCUCGGUGAGCUGCCCGCAUUCUCCUCCUCCUCCUCAACAGGCAGCCCAGAGGACGAAGACCCCCUGUCCUUUGUGGAGAGCGUGUGUCACACCGUCGUGGUGCAGGGGGUUUCCGCCAUGAUUGCCUUUCCACGGAACCGGGACGAGUUAGUCAAGUUGGAGUUUGUCUCGCUUGCGCUUCAGGUGCCAGUCGUCAGCGUUGUGCAGAAGGACUUUACGCGCCACAGUGAGGUAAAAUGAAGAGAAAAAAAGGUUACUCAUCAUUCCUCCCUGCACUGCUGUUACUGCUGUGUACUGGUGAUGAGUGGACAUUGCCAUAAAGCUGCAGUGGAGCAUGUAGGUCUAGAUCUACCAGAUGUUGUAGGGAAAUUAGAAAUGAGGCCACUUAUGCUUGAAAUAAUUUCUCCAACAGCCUGUAGUGCAGAAACCACAAAGCAGUUUCAUUUUCAAAACAAGUAGAGCCUUCAUCCCAGUUUUACAAAAUGCUGCUCCUAAUGAGAUGUGGAUCUGUAAGGCCUUUUUCUUUAGUGUUUCAGAGGACUUCCAAAUUGUCACUUUCUUCUAACAUUCAGACAAAAAAACACACAAAAAAAAAACGCUUUUUGUUGUUGUCUCGGUGCUCCAGGCGAGCAUCAAAUGAGCAAAUCAGAGAAAGGCUGUGUCUAUGGUGCUGAAGUGCAGGCACAGGGUGUCUUUGUGCAGAAAAAAGGUGGUGGUAGUGGUGGGGUUGGGGGUUAAAAGGAGUGUGUGCUCUUUUGUUCUAUAGACGAGGUGAAGAGUGCAGCUUUGAUUCAAAAGUCUGUGGCCCUAAAAUAACAUGACCUGUGUGUUUGUAUGAAUAUUGCUUUGUUAAUUUAGCAUCUCACUGUGUGUACAGAAGGUUAUUAAUAAGCAUAUGAAAUAAGAAGAGUGAAGGGUUGGGAGGAACAUGCACACACAUGCACACAACUGCAGCUGUCUAAGCCAAACCAAACCAAACCAAAAGAUGCGCUGAUACACACUAUUGAUUCUUCAACAUUUUUGGCCUCCCAGUACAUCUUUAGGGGAACUUUUUUUACACUUUGGCAAGUGUAGUAGAAAUGGAUAAUAAAUGUAGCAUUUGGCCCACUUCAGGGGUGAAGACAUAUUGCAUUAUUCACAGGGACUUAUUCAUGCAGAGAUAUUCAAAUGUGUUUCUUGGGUUUCAUGGGUCCUAACCUGUUCCUUAUUAGCUAUAUAAUUUUUUGAUCACUUUCUAGUUUGCUAAUCGCUGUGAUUCCAAGUUCUGACCUCCCGAAAAACAGAAACAAAAGGUGAAAAGAGAAGAAUUUGGUUGACACUAGGGAUGGGCGAUACAGGUUAAAAAAUGUAUCACGAUAAGUUUUGCCAUUUUAGCAAUAACGAUAAGAGUCCUGAUAACAAAUAUUAAAAUUCCUAUCAAUGUUUUUGACUCAUUCUGUCUUGGGGACACCAAUUGGCAUAGUCAAAUUAGAUACUUUACCACUAAGUUUAAGUGGUAGGUUACAGAGGAAAAGUAGUGAAAAGUUCAUUGAAAACUCUUAUUGCACAGAGUGAACAUGGUGAGCAGAUCCACUGUCCGAUGUCAGGCAUACCUGAUUGCACUCAUCUAAGCCCCACUCUUGAGGGAAAUCCCUCAUGUAGAGCCUCGUUCAGUGACGAGCUGCUCAGAAACAUCUUCUUCAUCACCUUCAGCCAUGUUUGUUUGUUUGUUUGUUACUCUGAUCUGUGUGGGCUAAGGCUGCGAGUCCGUCGCUCGCGCUUACGUCAUCAACUUGCAUUUAUCGUAAGUUGGCAGAAAUUUAUCGUGGAGGAAUUUUCUGACAAUACAUCGUGAACGAUAAUUUCGCCCAUCCCUAGCUGACACUUCAGAUAGUGAAGAAUCAGCCUUAGUUUUGAAAAGAAGCAGAAGCAGUCAAGCUCUGGACAUAAGAGAUGUUUGUAUCUGCAGCAAGUGCCAACAGCCCAACCUUUGAACUGCAACUCAUUUUAGCUCACCGCAUCAACAUAUUUCGCUCCUACAGUAACUGUUCCAAAAUGAUAUAACAUUUCCUUCUUAAUCUUCUACGUGCUUAUAGUUAUUAGGAUCUGUAAAGAUUUCCUUCCUGUUUGAUGGAAAUCAACCUUGACAGCUGGCAGACGACCUGAUGUUUAUUCAAUCAGCUUAGAGCUGGAAAACUGCUUUUGUGACAAAAACACCGACUGAAGAUAAUCUGUAGAGUUUGCAGCUGGAAAGGAAGGCAGAGAGAACAAGUGAAAAAUGUAAACACUCAAAAUUAAUCACUGACAUGGUCUUCUGUCAAUACCCUGUCUCUGGAAAGACACCUGCUGGGAGUAUUUGUGAAUGUUAAGUACUUGUGGGUGAGAAGGAGAAGCAGGAGAGCGAGAGAGAGAAAGAGAGAGAGAGAUUGAAAGAGAGAAAGAAAGAGAAGGAAAGGAAUAAAUGAUCAGAGUGUAUAGGUAGAAAUCUCUCAAACAAGCACGGACUAGAACACACAGAGACACGCAAAAUGACUUAGGUUAGCUAUGCACUGUAAAGCCCUUUAAUUAGGUGGCACAAACAGGGCAAGUACUGCAUACCAAUGUGUGUGUGUGUGUGUGUGUGUGUGUGUUUGUGUGCUUUGACUUGCACAUAUACAAGCAUCCCGUUAGGGGCAAAGAGCAUCGCCUCUCUUUUUUUUCCAACACACUCAAGGGAGACACACACAUCCGAACCAUUAGUUAGACUGAAGGGCUCUGGGACUCUUGCCACCCACUGAGCUCUAGUAAUGUGUGUUUGUGUGUAUGUGUGUGUGCAUGUGUGUCCAAGGUAAUAUCUAAUUUCCUGCCUUGUGAACAAGCUCUUGGCCGUUAGAAGUAAGCAGGUGUGGAAAGUGUGGCAGUAACAGGUGUAGGUAAAGAAGACAAUCCGACAAAGAUUGGUUGAAAAGAAGAUGAAUAGAUAGACGGGUACAUAAAAGGAGGAUGGCGCAGAGAAAAAUCAGUGGGGAAAAGACAGACAUUCAAACAACAUUUUCAGUCCACAUUUGUGACUUUUUGAAAAUGGCUUAACUCCCCUCUGACUCAAACUAGUUUUGCCAGCAAAUCCCGUCAGAAGAGGCCGGAGGCAAUUUCUCUAUGGCACAUAUUUUCAAGCUGUCAAAACUUUUUUAAUGUCUUUACAGCAUCUGAUUAGUUUUGAUAUGACCUUUUUUGACCUUUGCCUUGUUUCAUCCUUGUAAGUCUGCAUUUGAGCUUGAACAUACACGAUAAUGAAUCAGGGAGUGACCUUUGACAGCAAAAUAUGUACACAAAUUCUUAUCGAAGUGUCAAAAAAUACAGCUGCGAAAGAAAAUUCAGUAGAAAGACCAAAGUAAAGGGUCCAGGAUGGUUGAAUAGAUGGGAUUUUAGAGCAGAUAUUUUAGACUAGAAACUGAUACAUCCAUCCCAAAGAGAAGAACAUCUCCGGGAAACACCUACCUUGCCAUGAAACGACUUAUUUUAGAGUAUACUAGGGCUGCGCGAUAUGGCCUUAAAUCAAUAUCAGAAGAUACAUUGAGCGGUUUACCUCAAUAACAAUAAAUGGACGAUAACUACUCCACUUCGUCUACUUCAGCCGCCGCUACAGCUGCUACAACUUUUGAACCGUCCUCCAUCUCCACACCUGUCUUUCCCUCUUUGUUACGGACUGGAUGGGGUGGAGUCAUGUCUGACGUAGGACAGUGUCUUAAAGGGAAAUGAGACCAUCGCCUAUAUCUACAAAUAUCCAAAAUGAACUCUAUGUAUUUUUUUGACACCGAAUAUACCGAUAUGGGCAAAAUGACAUCUGUUAUUGUCGCAAGUUUCGGUAUCAGUAAAUUUUCGGUUUAUCGCCCAGCCCUUAGUAUAACUCUAACUAAUGUUGGCCCACAACAAUAGAUCUUGCAAGACAUUUAAAUACUAAGAUAUUGAGAUCCUCACACAAAUUAAUGUUGCUAGUUAAUCCAGUUUUGGGAAUAUGUGAAGAGCUCUACCAUAUGUCGAAGAAUUUUGUAAACAGAAACUGAAGUUGAUUCAAUAUCGCUGUGAUAUCUAAGCUGAUGUACAAAUUUGUUGGAAUAAAUAUGUAUCUAUACUUAUCAGGGAUAGAUUUAUACAAGUGUCAGACUGUUUUUUUAAUGACUGACCAAUAAAUCCCCUUGAAAGCCCUACAUUCAUAAAUGAUGGUGUAAAAAUGUCGUCUUGGACGAUGGUUCAGAAAGUGCCUUCCAGUGGCUGGAGCAACAUGACACAUGAAGUGCCAUCCAGUGUGUCCUUUUUCGGGCAAAAAUUGACAAGGAGCCUUCCUGAGUGCCCUUGCAGUGGUAAACAAGUGAGUGCACUCCCUUGAGGUUACCCUCUGAAGUCCAGAAAAGGGAGUGCCUCUGGAAAGUAGAAAAUGUUAAAGUGGGCCCUUUAGGAUGACCCUGGUAGUAAAGGUGUUUGCUAUAAGUUGAUGCCUCAUGAGAUGGCCCCUUGGACUACCUGAGCCCCCCACUAGCUGGGCUGUUUGCAUGGGUUUAACUCACAAUUGCAUCAGUGUAACUAAGGCUUUACACACUAUGUAGCUCGGAACAUGUUUUAGCAGGACAACAACAACAACCCAUUAGCUCAACAACCAGUCUGCAAAUAUGAAUACAUUUGCUUUGGCAUGAGCAGUAACAGGAUCUAACACUGAGGUCAGUGAGACGAUUGAGCAUAAUCUGUCAGUGUCAACAACCACACUCAACCAUUUUAUUUGUAGGAACAUCAUUUAUUAUCGAAAUCAAUGAGUGUCGCAACUCUAAUUUUGGUCACUUGUCAUAGGAUUGACACAAAACAUGCAACUGAUACCGCUUUUGGCAACACAGCAAUUAAAGCCACGUUAAAGCUGCAGAAUUCCUUACACAUGAGCGUACACACACACAAAUACUCAAAGUAAACGCCGGCAUAAAUGAACCAAUGUUCAUAAGGAUAACAGUUUAAUCACUCUAUGCCUUUAGCAUACACCCAGGAGUAAAAGUGAAUGCCCAACCUUUGCAUACAAAAGAGGAAACUUGUGUAAUCAUGUCCAUUUAUAAAUAAAGGAAGCAAUGACAUUAGGAGGUCGAUCAGAGAGAUGGUUUACAUCUACUGAAGUGUAAUUUGGACACCUGGGCCGUGGAGGUUUCUUGCAGCUGUUUACUGUAUAUUACAGUUUAAAAUACGUUUCCUAGUUAUUUAUGUGAGGAACAAAGAAGGGUUGCCGAUUUAUGGUGAUCACAGUGCAGAAAUGCAGCAGCUGAGAAUAAAUCCUCAAAUCCUCCUUAGGGAUGAGAGGAGGUGAGGGUCUGAUGCCCAGUGGAGUGCAUUACCAUUUUUUUCUCCUGACACAGGACUUCUUAAUCCGAAAUACAAAAUAUGUUGUGUUGCUUUUGUUGAUGUUUUUGUUGCAGCAACAAUCUAUCUGACUAUAUAAAAUAAGCUAAUGAAUAAUCAUUGUUUUUUUAGUGUGCCUAUUUGGUAACCCGAUAAAUGGGAUAAGUGGAGUUACAAAUCGAUGAAUAGAAUGGACUUUUAGUGCAAAUCUUGUAUGAUGUUUCAAAGAUGUAAAGUUAAUUAGUAGAGAUGCUGAGGGCAUUUUAUCUUUGUGUUUUGUUCUGCAAGUAUAUGUGUGAGUGAAUUCAGAUAGGUGCAUGACUAAUUUUGAUUGUUUCGGAUGCCAUGCUGUUGUGGGUUUGGCACAGUGCCGAGGUACACUGAAGAUAGGCUGGCAAUAAUGCUUGAUCAAAGUGAGGACACUUCAACCCUGUUGAACUUAAGUUAAUCAUGUUGACUAAAACAUUUUUACACUGAUCUCAUGUUUUACUAUCACCUAUUGUUGAAAAAUACUGGCAUUGUAUGGUAGAUGUAAGACUGUGCUGUUUGUAACUCUCUGGUGCUAAUCUGCUACUCUUGGGCUAAUACUGAUGCUAAUGCUAAGGCUGCUAGCCUUACUGUCCAUAUCAUUAUCCAAACAGCAGAACUGGAGGAUAUGGACCUUUGAAUGGCACGUUUACCUUUAAAGCUGUCAGAUGGCUCCCUCCAUAAGAUCAAUAUUAUUUACGUUUACUGUUGCCGUGUGGGACUCCAGCAGCUUUACACAUCAGUUUGUUUUUGUGACAUCUGAGGAGUUCACUGUCCUACAGACAAGAUCAGAUACUGUUUAAAUCCAAGCUCUGAAAGGCAAAGGUAAUCUGUGAUGAUUUAUGUAUUAGUUAAGGUGAACUGUGCGCGUUUCCCUCAUUAGUGGACAAUGCUAAAACAGAGGCUGAAAACAGAGCCAAAAUAACCAUGAAUUCAAUACUUACAACUCAUACAUGAUGAGGGUAAGAUUAGCUGAAACCAAAAUAAUACAGAACAUAUCAGACGUCUCAUUGCUGGGCCUAAGAACAUAUGCAGGUUAUUAAUAGUCAAAUUAGUCUUGGAGGCAGUAAGACAGGUGAUUGAUUGUAUCUUUUGUGUGGUACAGGACCAUACACAACACAAUGUAUAUAAAAGUUAUAAAUGGUGGAAAACAAGGAACUUUUAAGUUAGCAUAGGGUUUGAGAGAGGAUAACGAUAUUCUCAUCUUCAAAUGUGCUGGUCUUUUUGGAUUCCUUUGACAGAUGCUAAAGUCCUAUUAUGGUACAGAGGGCUGUCAUCACAAAACACACUAUUCUUUCUCAUGAGCCACCAAAGUGAAGGGCACUAGGUGGUCUGAAGUGAAACCAAACCUGGUCUGCUGCCUGCUGGUCAUGGAGGGAAGGCUGCAAAGGCUUAAUGCAGUUCCCUAAUGCCUCCUAUAAAGCUCUGACAAGAGCUUGAAGGAUUUUCCCCAAUGAUAUGAGCAUUAAAAAGAAAUCACCAUUCAUAUUGGCUAACAGGUCCAUGUUCAUUGCCUAAGUGGAAAGACAUUUGCGCAGACUGCCCCCCCUCUUUUCUGAAAGGGACUGGGCUCUAUCUGGUUGAAUGGACAGCAGGUCUGAGUGGGCAAAAGCUUGAGGGGAAAUUUUUUAGCUGAUUUUGGAGUGUUCAGUUGUUCUUCUAGCCUCCUACCUAAGGCAGUGAUGUUGCUGCCUUCCCUCCUGACUGUUGGUGUAGCAUUAUUGUAAGUUCAUUCUUUGUCCAUAUUCACUAUGAAUCUAUUGGUACAUAAAGCAAUUGCAGUUGCAAUUUUUGACCAUGAUCUCUUGGCAGCACCAGCUGUGCCAGCAGUAGGCGUGAAUGUUUCCCAGGGUAUCAUGCCAUCCAUGUUUGCGCAUCAUCUCAUCUUUUUAUUCUUUUCUUAGAGACAUUGGGAGAUGAAGAAGGAUCUCUGUCCUCCUGGUGGUUGGGCUGUGAUUGGUCCACUGCACCCUCUGACUAUUGUGGAGGGGUUUUGAAAGUGGAGAUGGGAAGACUAAUCCUGAAGUUGUUGAUGGGUGUGCUGUCUACUGCAUUUGGAGCACAUGUGGCUCAGCCGUAGAACUGCUCAUCUCUCAAACAAGACAUUGGCUGCUUGAUCCCAUCUUGCCCAAGUGUCAAGAUAAUGCAUCAGCUUUUAUAGAGCUUUAUCAAAAACCCUCAAAGCACUUUACAUUGGAUACAUCAUUCAUUUGCUCACCCAGUCACACCCUGGUGGUGGUAAACUACCUUAGUAGGUACAGCAGUUUGCGCCUACAGCCUCUCCAUCCACCACCACACAAUUCUCACAAGGUCAUACACCAGUGGAGGACACACACUGGGAGCAAGGUGGGUUAAGUGUCUUGUCCAAGGACACAACUGACAGUCUAGGGAUGGGGGGAAAUCGAACAAACAACCAACCAGUUAUUGGACGACCACUCUACCUACUGAGCAACUGCCUCCUCUUUGGCUGAUAUACUAAAGCCACAUUUUUUCAGUGCUUUGUCAAUGGGUAUGAAUAGGAUAAGCUAAUAAUACCCUGAUAUAGCAUUCUCUGCCAUCAGUGAAUGAAUGUGUUGUGAAUGGGUGAUCAGAAAGACUGGGAAAGCGUUAUACAUUUCCAGAUCUUCCAGUAGAGUGUCUUUGAGCUCUUCAGCUAGUACUGGAUUGACACCUUUAACUGAUGUGCCCUUUGGCAGUGAUGUGGUUAAUCGGAAAAGCUCAGUCACUUCAGCUCAAUGGUAGGUAGAGGUUGACAUGUCAUAUCACCAUCGUGUCAAGUGUGUCAUAAUAGCCUGUGAAGUUACAACAAAGGAGCCACAGAUUAUGUCUGUCAUGUCCUGCACAUCUUUUUCUAGUUAGCUUCUCUCUUCUCUUCUGGUCCAAGUGUACAACCUCAGUAGCAGUAGCCAGCUAAUCAACAGGAAGAGGGUAACCGAUCUUGUAACACAAUAAUCGUAGAGGUAGGAUGUGAGAGGUAGAUUUAGUUUGCAAAUCCCUUGACCCUAGAUGGCUAAUUUUAGGGAUUCUCCUUAUAAAAACGCAACAUCUCCAGUUGUAGAAAGUCAGUGCCAGAUGAAUCUGGAUUGCCGAAGAGCCACUAUGUCUUUAUCUUUGGGAAAGUUACAGCAAGGUUCAUUCUUAAAAUUCCAGACCCAGUCCCUGAUCUCAAUUCCAAUUUAAGCUCAUCUUUAUUGUAUCUUUAGAGAACCAGUUCAUGAGGACAGUCCUUUGGUCUCUCUCUUUCGUAAAUGGUUUCAAUUUCAGUGUGAAGAGUCCCCUCUCUUUGUCAUUUCUGGUCCAGGUGAAGAUCACACCUUCACUGUGCUCUGCCAACAAAUCUAUCCAGGUAUCAUCACUCAGCGAACACAUCUAGGAAUUUUAUCCUGAAAGUGUUAGAUAAAUCGCUUAGACCCGACCAAGGACUCUUUGCUAAAGAGUCUUUUAAAAAUGGGUCAGAGUUAGGUUUCUGAAGGUCCUCAGUAUUUCUUAGAGCACAAACAGGACACAAAUGCAAAUAUACAUUUCUUAUGAUGUGAAUAAUGAUAUUCAUGGGAGCAAGUAAGUGGAGGCUAAAAACCAUUAUAUCUGGCAGACCGUGUUUGGUCUCCAGGAACAAAUUGAAUUCACAGAUAGAAAGCAAUUCUACUGUUUGGAUUUAUAACCUUACUGACUUUCUUUUCUUCUUCUUUCCGCUCUACUACAUCUUUUUCUCCUUCUUGUUUUCCAAUUUUUCUAUUCCAUCCCAAUUUAAUCCACUCCCCUUUUCCCUUAAUGUUGCCAUCAUCUCCUUCUCCACUGCCUCUCCAUCAUCCCAUUUCUUUUCUUUCCAACUUCUGUUCAUCCAAUUUCUCCCAUUCCACUCUGUUGCAACCAACCCUCAAUCCAAAAAACGCCUUGUUGUUGUCCUUUCUGCCCUCUGUAUAAUACGACUGACCCUCACCAACCCCUUCUCCUCACCAUCUCUGCUUGUUUAUCACUCUUGUCACCUUCACAUUUUCAAACCCUGUAUUUCCUCCUGCUUGUUUGCUUAACCAUCCCUCAUCUCUUUUCCAUCUCUCCAAUUCCAUGUCCUAUGCUCUUCUAUCUUUAUUUUUUUAACAUACAAAUCUUCUUCUCUUGUUUCUCCUUUAAAUAUACCUUUCAAUCCUCCUGUCCCAAAUCUCUGUCUUUAUUUCUUUUCCCUCUUCUUUCAUAAAAAUGACACCUUUAUCCUCCUUUAUCACUAACACCUGCUUGCCCAUUCGUCACCCAUCACACAUGCUUUCUGUUUAUAAUCUUCUCACAGAAUCCACUCCAUUUCCAAAUGGCGAUGCGGACUGUAGAGGCUCCACCAUCUCGUCUCCUCUAUUCCCUGCUGAUGAUGAACGGCUGGUGGGACAUCAGUAUUCUUCUUUGUCAAGAAUGGGACAUUAGUGACUUUCUCCUCCUCAUCAAGAACAACACCCGCUUUCACUUGGGCAAUCGUGUCAAUCUGACAACUACCUCCUCCACCUCGACGUCUUCUUCAUCUUCAUUAUCUCACUCAGGAGUGGCUUCAGGUGUUGCAUCAGAAAUGGAGACAUCAUCGGCUUUGUCCUCUUUACCUUAUUUCUCCCCUGCUGCCUCGUCCUCCGCUUCUUCAGACACUUCCUCCGCUAAAUCAGACCAACAGCAGGCUCUCAUGCGGCAGCUGGAGGCCCUGAGAGAAUCCUCAUCCUCUUCAGGAGUGGUAACAUUUGGGUGUGAGAUUCGUGAAGUGCGCCGUCUGUGGACACUAGCCACUAGAAUGAUGCUCCCGGAGUUUCACUGGGUUUUGGGGGACAGCCAGAAUGUGGCUGAGCUGAGAACAGAGGGGUUGCCCCUGGGGUUAUUGGCACAUGGGGUUAUGGGGUCCCCCUCUCUGGAUCACUAUGUCCAUGACUCGGUGGAGCUGGUUGCACGGGCGGUGGGCAGUGCAGCUCAGGAGAAUCCUGCCCUGGCACUCAUACCUGGAACUACUAACUGUAUGGAUGUACAACAGAGAAACGGCAGUUCGGGGGAAUACUUGGCAAGGUAGGGUAACAUUUGGAUACUAAAAUGAUCUUUAUUUCCACAUAUUUUCGUGCAAUGAGUAAUGAUGAUGAUGAUGAUGAUGAUGAUGAUGAUGAUAAUAUACAAAUGGCUUUGUCUUUUGGAAAAUGACAUUGUGUGUUAGGAGAACAAAAACAGGACUGAAAAAUUUGCCUCAAAAUGAACCUCGAGACUAAGAUUUUGUAGAGUUUUCGACUUACACAUGACAAAUUAUAGUUCUUUAGAUGACAGCUUCGGAUUUUGCAUAACAUGCUUUUCCAUUUCAGAUAUGUUCGUGUAUUUUUCUGUGUUCCAGGCAGCACUACGAAUAUCCUGAUCUGAUCUCAAAAACUCACGAGUCAUUCAAAGUGUUUUAUCUUAUCUUAUCUAGAUAUCUUAAUGUCAAUCAUAUCAACCAUUUUAUGAGACAACUUUGUACAUAUAUUUAUGUAUGCACUGCACAGCUUCAUACUGGUCAUAAACAUAGAAAUACAUGGAAUAUCUGAUCUUGAUUUCUGCUCUCGAUAUCAGAGAACGCCAAACAUUUGUUCCCUCUUGGUGGACGCAUGUUGGAGUAAAUGCAGCAAAAGUGCAUGCUUGUAUGCCUCUGUUAAAAAAAUAAAAAUAAAAAACAGAUCAUAAUGCAUGCUCCCUCUGGUGCUUCUCCAGUAGAUAAAAUUCAAUGACUUGGCCUCUCAGGUGCCCUUCACUGCACUUGAUUUAUUGCCUUAUUAGUAAUUGAAUGUACAGGUUUAAUAAGUUUAUUCUCCAGGAAGUGUUAAAGGCAGUAAAAGUCAGUUAAAGGCCUUCAUUAAUUUCAUUUCAUGUGUGUGUUGUGAUUUUUUACAGUACAGGGUCAGUUUUUUUUUAAUAAUCUGAUAGAUAAACAGAUAAAAUUUUGUUACAAUGCGGGCUCCAUUCCAGGAACAUUUUGAUAUAUAUCAUUAAUUAAGGCUUUUCCUUUAGAUUAAUUAAACUUUAACCCCAAACUGUUGCAUAAAUGCUCCAAAAUUUGAGGGUAAGUAAGUGAUUAAUGCUCAAAAUUUCAUUGAGUAAGACCUCCAGAGUCCCCACUCAUUUUCCAUCCAUAGUUUGGUAAAUAAAUCCUACACUGUGGUUGUCUUUAUCAGGUAUACGAAAUAAUAUCCCAAUUAUCUAAUCUCCCAGCAACCAACAGCUCAGGUGUACCGUCCUUCACUUUUAGCAGCCCAUCUAAGAGAACUCAGGCUAGCUAUUUACACAGCAGAGUUGUUCUUUUAAGUCUUAAAAUUUCUUUGUAAUAACUUUGGAAUUGACUCUGUUUCAUCUCCUACCAACAGGCCUCAUGGUGCUUCCUACUCUUCAUACACUUUACCUCCACUAUGCUGUUUACGUAUGUCAAUCUAGGGGGGGUACUAAGCAGUGUAGUUGCAAUGUCUGUAUUUUGCAGACAAACGGAACUGAUUGUGUAAGCAUGCAGGGUAUUUCAACAUACUCUCAGUAGCUGCAGCAGCGUGGCGAACGAUAACACAUGAUGAAUGGUAUUUAGCAGCAGUGCCAUAAUCUACAGCCAAGUCACUCUAUUUUACUGAGAUAUGAGCAAUGACAAGUGUGUGAUCACAAGCUGCAUCACAAUAUGACUUUGACCUUUCCUCAAAGAUUCUUCUCUAAACUGAAGCAGCACGAUGAUCGCCCAGGAAGGACGAUUAUUUGGUCUUGAAAUGUCUGACAGAGAUCAUGUGCUGAUUACGUUUACUUCCUCGGUUAAUUUUUAAGACUGGUAAUGUGUUUAGUGUUUCAACCACAUUAAUAGGAGUGUCGCUGUUUCAACUUUGAAGGCAGAGAGGAAAGCUGGUUUAAUCCAAGACAUAACAUUCCUGAGUUUUGGAAAAACCACAUAUCUAGUCAAGGAAAUUAGGAAGUACAAGACAUAUGCUAUUGGUUGCAGUGGGUACAGAACAUUUGUAUGCUGUUGCAGUUUUUCAGUCAUUGGGAAUGCAUUCAUGCUACAGGCCUUCCUCGGAACUGACUCAUGUUUUUUCAUUUUUUUUUAUUUCCCCGUGAGGCUCUAUAUAGUUAACAGGGACUAGCAAUAAAUUGAGCAGGCCAUGACCUUUAUUUAAUACCGUUAAAUAUUCUCUUGCAUAGAAGACAUGUAUUUGUUUGUUUUUCUGAGUGUGAAAUGUAUGUUUCUUCUUCUCUUUUUUCAUUAUCUUUAGUUUGAUCGUAGUCAGUUUGAUACAUUGAGCUCCCGGUAUGCGUUUCUUCUGUAACACUGUGGAGUUCAAAAAAGCUUUGAAGCUUCAAGAAUCCUUGUAUUUAGGUGCUGCUGUGUUGAAGUGUUUCUUGUGCUUACUGCGAUGCUGAAAACAAGUAUUUUAGUUGUUCUCAGAAAAAAUCUAAUAGAUAUUUCUUCACUUGGUGAUAAACAAUGACUGAGCACUCUUUUUUGCCUCGACGUCAGUUUUUUAAAGACUCUAAACCACGUUCAUUGUUUUGGCUAAACGCACGAGGAAGUAGAAAUAGGUUUCACUAGGUCACUGUAUUCCAUAAAUUAGCUAUAGGGUUCAAGGAUUGUGGAUGGCUGGAGGGAGUGUGGAAAAUAUCAAAGAGCUGGAGGUGUGGCGAAAGGCUGGAGUUGACCUUACUCCUGGUCUGCAGAGGAAGAAGCUGAUAUCUGCACAUGAAAGUUGCUGAAAGUCAGAUUUGGGAGGCAAUUUCGUAGGAUUUUGCUUCAGGGUAUCUGGACAUUUAGACCCUGGAGAAGUGCUUCGAUACAUUAAAGUUUGAUAGCAUUCUUCAAUAAUGCUAUUUUUUUAAAGUUAAAGUUCAGCUGGGGAUCUCGGGAUGUCAAUGAGAAGGACGGGAGCAGUGAAUUAAACAGACAAAACGCAUAUGGACACUUUUUAGAGGUUGUUAGAACUACCUUCAUGUCUCGUUGGUGUCUAAUCGCAUUAUGGGAUAGCUUCUGUCCUCUGUUUUUGUAUGAGAGGAUACACUGACCCCCUUUCAAAUCUUUGUUGCUUGACUGAGGAUUUUAAGAUGCUGGCCUUUGAAACGACAGCUAAUAAAGCAGGUAGUAAUGUCACAGCUGUUAAGUACAGUUUAUGUCCUACUCCAGAGUACUGCUCUGCUGCACUGGCACUUUUAUGUGCGCAGGUAAAGAACUGGGGCAGUGUGCACAACGUGAAUGAGGAUCUGUAAUACGACGCUGCAUUGACUAAUAAUCCUUGUUUGAUACUUGGGUGGGUGGUAUGCCAGUUUCCUCGCCAUCACCAAGGUUACAUUCUGGCAUCACAUGGAUUUUGUGUAAAUGUCAGAACCAAUUAGAAAAAAAGUUCUUGAUUUGAAGACACCUGUUUCGGCUUUAGUUGUCACAUUAGGCAGAUUUAUUUCCUGAAUGCCUGUGCAGCCUCUGGUGGAAAAACAAAAGGUCUGAUAACAGAGUGAUUUGUGAACAACAACAGCGUAUAGUGAAUCCCAGCCUUCUGCUUGUUCAGCUCUGUCCCUUCAGAGCAGAGCAACAGCUCGCUUUACUAACCAAACAGCGCUGCCUUCUCCGUGUGUCAACACGGGUAUCCUCUUCUACAAUGAAAGUAAACUGUGGCUCAGAAAUCAAGUUAUCUCGUGUUUUCUCUUCUUCAGGCUUGAUGUUUGCAAAUAGCAGCAACACAAAGUUUUAGAGUGGCCUUUUAUUGUGGCCAGCCUCAGGCACACCUGAUUACACAAUAAUCAUGCUGUCUAAUCAGCAUCUUGAUAUGCAACACCUGUGAGGUGGACGGAUUACCUUGACAAAGGAGAAAUGUUCACUAACACAGAUUUAGGCAAAUGUGAACAAUAUUUGAGAGAAAAAGGCCUUUUGUGUAAAUAGAGAGAGUCUUAUGGGGCGCUCACACCAACAUCAACAAUCAUCCCUGCCAAUUCAACCGGUGGGAUUAAGUGACAGACAAGGAUUUUUUACAGUUUACUAGGUAAUCCGACCUCCUCACUCACUUUCCUCCAGGAGAGCUCCUUUUUAUUCCAGUUUUGGUAAUUGAAAGAAAAAGUAUCAUAUAAUUCGGGGCAUCCACACACUGACACGAUCAGUUUGUCCUCCAUUUUAGAUACCAGUAAACAACUGUCCAUUUUCAUACGUCAUGAAUAUCUGCUCAAGUUGAGACAUUUUCAGCUCCCGCCCAAUUCGUGUCAUUCGCGCCACCAGAGUAGUAGGAGCGUCUAAUCGCGCCUUUGCAUUGACUUUGAGUUCAGCUCAUGAAAAAUGGAAGCAAAGUCAAAAGCGUUGCGUUUAUACUUUUGUUCAGUUUAUAUUAAAAUGAAUCAGGGAAGCACACAACUCUAAACUAUAGCAGCUUAAAGUUUAGAAGAGUUUAUAAACUCUAUUGUAUGGCUGGCAGAUACAAAAGGCCUGAGUGUGUCCAAUUUGAGUCAUCCUCAACCUAGGAUAGCUGUAAUGAAAUUUAGUUAAUCUUUUCUACUGAUGAAAAUUUAAAAUGCCUUUAGGUCACUUUUCCUCUUCAUGUUCAGAGUAUUUACACACUGACAUUAAUAAUGUAUGUCACUGUAUGAAUUAAACAUGGAAGUACAAUAAUCUAAUAACGCAAAACAAUUUGCAUUUGAGUUUGUAAAAUUACAAAAUUAAUUUAUUUCAUAAUGAAGGUAAUCAGUUUCUGCUGGCUUGUCUGCUUGGUAAAGUAUUUCAUAUCUAGAUUCUUUCAUUUCCAUCUCUUAUAAUUUGAUUAACAAAGAAUGUAUUUGAAUCCAAAAACAACAUUAGAGGGAUAUUAAUCAAACUAAUAUAUAUUCUAUCUAAUUGUUCCUUUUGUUUAUUUUUGAACAGUAUUUCACUGUUCACCAUGUCCUUUCCUUUGAACAACACUCCGUAAGCGUUUGUGAACUGAGGACACUGACUGUUGAAGCUUUGGAGAUGAAUUCUUUCCCAUUUUUGCUCGAUCUAAGACUUCAAUGGCUCAACAGUCUGGGGUCUCCAUUGUGGUAUUGUGCGCUUCAUAAUGAGCCCCACAUUUUCAAGGGGAGACAGGUCUAGACUGCAGGCAGACCAAUCUAGCGCCUGCACACUUUCACUAUGAAGGCACGCUGUUGUAACACGUGCAGAAUGUGUCUUGCCAUUGUCCUGCUGAAAUAAGCAGGGUGGCUUGGAUGACAGCAUUAUGUUGCUCCUAAACCUGUAUGUUCCCUUCAGCAUAAGUGGAGCUUCCACAGCUGUGACAGUUAGCCAUGCCAUGGGCACUAACACACCCCCAGACCAUCACAGAUGCUGGCCUAUGAAUUUGACCUGAGAACAGUCUGGAAAAUCCUCUUCCUCUUUAGCCAUGUCGAGGAUAAGAAACCACAGGACACGGGAAUAUGUUUACAAAGGCAUUCAUGAUAGUGUGUUUAAGUUUAAGUGGCCUGUAGGCCUGGAGAGGCAAACUGGGAGAAGUGGGACAUUUCCCGGUGGGAUGGGCUGGGCUGGUUGUAGGGCCAGCUAACAAUGACAGUAUCACACAGACUGCACUUGUGAGGGGAGGGUAUGAGUGACCUGCUCAUUCUCGGAAUAGAGUUUCACUUGACAUUAAUUUUCUCUCACAGCCCAAAAGUACAUUAAGUUGAGGACAAGGUAUUAGAUGAGAGGCAAGGUCAAAAAUAAAGUAACAGAGAGAAGGUACUUCAUUUUCAUCUUACGCAUACAGAGACCCACCCUGGAGCAGUGAUAGGAGUUCGACUUUGGUCUGUCCAUGAUUAUUCUAUUUCAUUCAGGAUACUUUCAAAGAGCUUGUGUGAGGUCUGUCUCCAAAACAUUUAUGAUACCUACUGAGACAACUUAUCGACACAAAAGCAGCCGCUGCCCUUCAUAUUGUUCUGCUUAUAAUUUGACAUAGAUGACGAUGAAAAAAUACAUUCCAGGGGACUUUCUUUCCGAUUACAUUAAAGAAAAUCUCUUCUUUCGGUGAUCUGGAUGGAUCGACCAAUUACUUCUUCAUAUCAAGAACAGGGCAGGUGAGGGGUUACCAAUUGGCGAUCCACACUGACUUUACUUUGGAGAGAGUGGCACUCUUUAUGGACAAACAUCCUUAACAAGAGGUAUAACCUUUACCUGUGAGUUGAGUCCACUAAUUCAUCAUCAGAGCCCUCUGUUAAAUGUGGAGCCACCUGCACAUUGAGCUGAAAUCACAUACUCAGGGCAUGAGGUGCCAACAAGCAGGGGCAUGUGGCCCAACCUCGGUCAAAAAGGUCUCGCAAAUUGGAGCUUAACUAGAAGUUAAAUUAGUACCAUGCUUUACUACACAUUAUCAUAAUAAUAAUAAUGUUUAUUUAUAUAACAUCUUACAACAUCCCAAGAGAUGAACAAAGUGCUUUACGUAACAAAUACACGGUCAAAUACACAAAUACAGGAAAAAGAAAAUACAAAUGUCACAGGAUAUCAUAACAAAUACAAAUGUCACUGAAUAUUAAAAGCCUGUCUAAACAGUUGAGUUUUAAGAUGGGUUUUAAAGAGUGCCAGGUCAUUAAUAAAAAUGUUAUUCAGGGGGUAGGGAGUUCCUUAAUUUCGGGGCCGCAAUUGAAAAGACACGAUCCCCCCACUGUUUAAAAUUUGAGGAAGGAACCUUCAACAGGCGCUGUUCUGGGGACCGGAAGGCUCUACAGCGUCAUCUAAGCUUUAUGCAAUCGGACAGAUACACUGGAGCAAGACAAGGAUAGAUUAUCUCAUAAUUCUUACUUUUUAUUUCCUUAAAGUGACUCAACACGGGAUACUGGUUUAUCAAAUACCGCUUUUACUUAAAUGCUUUCAAUGAGGCUAAAAUUACAUGUUUUUGGUCGUGAUUUAAAGUGGGCUGGUCUGAGCUGUAAAAAUUCCAGGCUGAAAUUGACUCUAUGUGUGGCUGUGUAUGGUGAGUAUGCUCUACUCCUAACCCACCACUGCUUUCCAGUUGUGACUCAGAGAGCUCGCCUUAAUCAGCUGACUGGUGAAAAAUUUUACCUCAAAGUAAUGGUAUGUGACUUCUCAAACAUCACUGUGUCACAUCUCUGCAGGUAAUAUUAAAUAUCUGAGCAUCUGUAUGUCCUCAAGCUGUCGAAGCAGUUCAAUCUAAUCAUCCCGGCACCUGGGAAAUUAAUGGCGUGACUUAAAUUGCUGAACCAACUCACUGGUUUCCGUCUACUUUCUAAAAGUACAGCGACACUUGUAAUGUCACCCCUUCUGAAUGACUUAACAAUUUCACAUUUUUCCAUGAACCUCAUUUCUCUCAACACCUCCUGGUUUGAAUCUCUCAGUUUUACUUCUAAUAUACACCUACUACACAAUAGACCAUUCAAACUAUCAGGCGACAUGUCUGUCUUGAAAACAUAAUUAACAUUUAAUUUCUGACAGUUCAGCAGAAAGGGUUUCAGAUCACCAGCGGUACAGUCUGACCCCUUCACCAGUUUGAAACAACUUGGUUCUGCUCCUGAAUGAAAUUUAAAAAAUAAAUCACAGCUUGUAAAAAUUAAAUAAUUAAGAAUCUCCAUGUUCUUCACUUUGACAUUUUCUUUAAUUCAGAGGUUCAGCUUGGGAACACUCCCUUUCCGGAGGACAUGCUGUUAAAUUCUGCCACCAUAUCAAUCCUAAUAAAACUCUUACCAGCCCAACUUACCCGACUCGUAGAGAAAACAGUGAAUAUUUUAGAUCAAGAGAAAAUCCUAUUAAGUAUUUACACAUUUCUCAGCUGCUCAGACAUCCCAAUAUCUCCCUGUCUCCAUGUGGGCACAGGACCUCUUCAUCAUAUUUGAUCCUGAAUCUGUAAUAACCCCAUUUACCGCAGUAACACAUGACUUAACUUAAACAGUACAAGACUAUACAGAGAGAAAAACGGAAAAAAAAAACACUUUUUUCUCUAUUUUCUUUUUUAAGAAUGAUGUAAAAGUGUUGUACUUGCAGCCAUAAGUGUUGUUUUUUGAAUGUAAUUAUACUGCGUCUGUCAGAGGGGUAAAGACAGAGUGCUGUUGGAGAAUAUCUUGUUGUAUGAAAGCCUCUCCAAGGGAACAGACAGAAUUCAGCCUCCCAGCUGAAAAAGCUGAGGAAGGGGGAUUACUGGGUAUGCGGCGAAAGAUGCAAUAACAAAGCAAGGAAGACAGAUCAGAAAAUAAAUACAGGAAGACAUUCUCAAGUUAUUACUGUAAAUAACCCGUGGAGAUAUAGAUACAGAUAAACUACGGCAGGCGCCAGUCCUGUAUUUACAGAUAAGAUUUAGCCAGCACAAAUUUCAGCAACCUAUUUUAUUCAUUUUUUCCCCACCAGAGAUAACCCUCUUGGAUAAAAAUCACUUUGUAGUGAUGCAUACCCACCAAAGCCAAGAAUAAUACCCUGAUGUGCCAGCCAGCUGAGCUAUAAAGAUAGAAAAAAGCUUUAUAAUAAAUGGCCCACUUGAGGAUCACAUUCCCUGAACCAAUGUAAGUGAAAGACUUUUACUUUGAACUCUUUCAUGCUGAAAUAAAGAAACAGUACUAGCUUUUGUUCUGCAACAGUCAAGGAUAUGAAAAAGAUGUUUUGACCCAUAUUGGGAGAAAAUAUGUUCAAUGAAAUGUACAAAAAGAAAAAGUAAUUUACAAAAGUGGAUUUGCCCUUUUAACACUUUUCUAAAUCUUUCACAUCAGUUUUUAGAGUCGACGGUGAUAAGAAAGUAAAGCCAUAUUUAUGGAUAUACCCCACAUUAUGUUUCAAGCUUUAUGGGGAUAUUCAUGAUGUAAGAACACAAGGGAGGCAUGACCCAGAGACAAGCGUUAUGUAAUAGAUUCACCCAGAUUUAAUUUUUCUGUUUAAUAUUCCAUCAAGACCUCACUGCUUCAUCUGCCAUCACUUUUCCGUUUCAUGGGGUGCAAAUGAAUCAUGUAUCAUUGAACAGAAAGUUACGCCAUCAUUUUGAGAUACAGUGUGUGAGGUUCUGCAGGAAAGGAAAGACUGGAUACUGUUGUGUAGUGGACAGUACCUGUUCCUCGAUAACAAGGUUCUUAAGAUGCUUAUCAUACAUAAAACUCAACCUUUGGUUCCUUCUUGGGACCUGGAGUUGGUCCAUAGUGCACUUCAACAUCCCCCCUUUGAACUCUGAGGGGAUAUGGACUUAAAAUGGCUGUCCCUGAAAGCUGCAUUCCUGACUACUGACUAUAACAUCUUAGAUCCCACACUACACAUACCAUGCACAGUAUAUUCCAACUCAGAAAACCAAUUAGUGUGUCUGAACCAUGAGUACCAGAAUUCAAAUAAACUGAGGAAAUGUUGUACAAGAGAAGAUUGAACAAAGUUUCCAAAAGGAGCGGGGAUAGCUGUUUGAGAUAUGCUGAAAUUUAGCAUCACUACAUCUGGAAAAAGUCUGGUUUUGAACUGCAUUUUAAGUGGGAGUUAAAAGACAUACAGUAUACUGAUCAAAGAAAAGUCUCAUUCAGAUUCAUCAGAGGCCAGAGUUAAGCCAUGCAGGGAAAAUAUAGUGUUAGGCCUUGUUCCUAUAAAAGUGUAAUAUACUGUAGUAUAAAGUUAUAUGUCAUCCAGGUUUAUAUGUCCCUUAAAGGGGAGCGUCAGUAUUUUUCAACCAGGGCCCCAUUUUCCCCUUCGUUUCCCAGGUCGAAAAAUACUGGAUUCCCCUUUGAGCACAACUCGGGAUCAUUUCAGAGAUUCUGUUCAACAUGCUUCUGUUGAAAAGAAAAAAGAAAUGUUUAUCAUCUGGAAUAAACUUCAGAUUUAUGAAGUUCAUGACCGAGAAGGCAAGACCAAGAAAGGUGUAUUGAAACUAGCUCACAUACCUCAUUGUAUGUCUUUGAUCAAGUAUCAGCAAAGUAUGUCAAUUUCAGGGUAUCAAAAAGCUUCUUAUAUCUUUGAAUUUCAUUAACCUGGAGAGUAAGCAUCAAAAAAGAAAUAUCAGCAAAUAAAGGAAACAUUACAGAGUUUAAGUACCUACUUGUGGAAAUGUAAAAUUUGUGAUUAAUGUAGUUUGGAUUAAUUACAGAUGUCAAAGGAAUUACCAUAUACAGCUCAAAUAGAUUUUUUUUCACUUUUGAAGGUAAAACAACAUGCAUGUUUCGAUUCAAAGACUCAAUCAGGACACACUGAGAUUUUAAAUCAUCGAGGGGAUAGCUGACCUGCAGGUUAAUCUGCGUAGUCACUUUGAGUUUGGCAUAAUCAGAGGGACUCAAUAGUUCAUUAACGAGUGAAGCCAAGCAGGAUCAAGAUCUGCUUUAAUAAUUCAAACGGAGCUCUACAGUUAGCUCAUUGCCACCAGUCUGUUUUUAUUUCCCUUUUCUUUGUUCGUGCUAAAACGAAAAAGAAUAAGUGGAGUAUGCAAAAAAACUAGCUUCCUCCAAAUUCUUCCAAUGAAACACACUCAAAUGUUAUUCAUGUCUUCACUAACCACAAACUAGAGCUAUUACAAAAUGCGACCUUUUACCAAAAUGUUAUAUUUCACUUUGAAUAAUCAAAAUUCGCCGCACUGUCAAGAUUGUCCAAGAGCAUUUUACCUCCAUCGUGUUCAGUGAGGGAAAAAAAAGGAACUUCUCUGUGUAGCCGAACAUUUACAAGUGACAGCCAAGACACUGACCUUCAGACAGACUAGUUGAGCUGUCAGCCUAACUUAACACCUGUUAAAGAUGUAAGAAAGUAGACAAGGUGGAGGAGAGUAUUUCUCGUGAGCAAGGUGACACAAAGAGGUGUUCUCAGAAAAGGUCACAUCAUUUACAUCAUUACCUCCCAGGAGCAUGUGGUUUAGGUCUGUUAGCGUUCGCCUGCGCAGGACGGAUGCCUGCAUUCUUGCCUCUGUCCAAACGCAUUCCUUCCAAUGGACAAGACUUUGCGAGUGUGUGUAUGUGUGUCAUUUUGUGUGUACUGGUGUGAGUGUGUGCAUCUGCUCUGGAAUCUGACACUCUCAGACAGCCAGUAGCAUGGCUCAGUGAGGGAGACAGCGUGAUCACUGGACCAUAGCCUGCCUUAUCCUGUCACAAACACACACACACAUACAUACGCACACACAUACAUGCAUGCACAACACAAAAAAUGGACUUUCCUUGGCAGCUAAUACACUGAGGAAAUUGACAUCUGAUAAAUGGUGCACCUUCGUAUCAGUUUUUUUCCAAGUGGGAAAUAUGAUUGUGUAUUUGAGUCUGUUGAUCUAAGAUGCAGAAAUUAUAAAAUAAUUCACAAAAACAGUAAUCAAAUGUAGGGCAUAUCAGCUGUUAUGACUCUGAGCAUGACUCUAACGCAAAGCAUGCUAAAAUUACUCUUAUGAGGAAAUUAGUAAUUUAACUCAAAAUCAGAAGAUGACCUGAAACCUGAAACCUUGUUGUCUCAUUCAUAUCUUCCAGUUAUUCUAAGCUACUUACUAAAUAAUCCACCAGUAAAAGAACUUUUUCUCUAAAUGGUAGGCAAAACUGUUCAAAAAGGUUGACAUCGGCAUGUUUUCAAAUCUGUACAAGUUGACCAAAAUUUUCUCCUAAGCUGAUUAGAAUGUUAAUCGAUGAAUUUCAAUUUAAUUUAAGGUAUUAAUUAAACACAGGAAGUUUAAAAGUGGACUGAAGUGCAACUAAUGCACACAUUCACAAAUAUAUCUAACACCUCCGCUCUCUUUUUUCCUCUCAUCUUCCUUCCACCUCAUUUUCUUCUCCUCAUCCUGCGCAGAUUUUUGUCCAACACAUCAUUUGAGGGCCAGAGCGGCUUUAUAUCCAGAGACAGUAACAGCCAGAAAGUCAUCUCAGAGUCCCAUCACUACAUCUGGUCCCUCCAGCUGGACCCCCUGGGCCAGCCAACCUGGACCCGCUUGGGACGCUGGCGAAGGGGGAAUGUUCUAAUGGACCAAGGGGCCUGGCCAAGUCAUCAAGGCUCCGGGGGCGGAGGUGACUGGCGACGAUCCCAAAGGCUGCACAUGCGGGUGGUGACUCUGGUGGAGCACCCGUUUGUGUUCACCCGAGAGGUGGACGGGGACGGGUUAUGUCCAGCAGGCCAGCUAUGCCUAGACCCUCUUACCAAUGAAUCUUCAGUUCUGGAAAAACUUUUUCAGAACCUUGCAGGACCCAAUGUUUCCGUUCCCACGGAGUACAAAAAGUGUUGUUAUGGUUACUGCGUUGAUCUGUUGGAGAAGCUGGCAGAAGACAUGGGCUUCACCUUCGACCUUUACAUUGUGGGUGACGGAAAGUAUGGGGGGUUCAAAAAUGGCAGAUGGACAGGAUUGGUGGGUGAUCUGCUCAGCGGUGCUGCUCACCUUGCAGUGACUUCUUUUAGCAUUAAUUCAGCCAGGAGCCAAGUUAUUGACUUUACCUCACCCUUCUUCUCCACCAGCCUUGGAAUUCUGGUCAGUGCUGCUCUUCUUCUCUCUCCUCCAAUUCUUUUUUACCCAUCUUUAAUUUUUUUCCCUUUGAUUUCUUCUUGUUGUAUCUCUUACUUUCUGUAACUUUUUGGCCCAUCUUUUUCUGUAUUCUGUCACUGGCCUCAGCUCAACUCUCCUCUUGGUAUGCUGGUGGUCGGUAUAGCAGACUUUUAUUACUGCAAGCCCUAUGUUAUUGGAUUCUAUUGCAAUUCCCAAUAUGGGCUUCGACGGGUGAAUGUUCGGAUUGUAGAGCGACCCCAUUACUACAAUUACUUUAUCGUGUCCCUGGCUGAUGGGAAAAGUGAUGUUGAAUAUCACUCUUCUCUCUUUAUCUCCACUAUAGAAAAGGAUGUUCUGUCUUAUUUAAAGUAAUUGACUCUUCUAUCAGCAGUUUCUUUUCUGAUCCAAUUUCACUCUAAGUAUCUCUAUCCAAGACAUCAAUGAUACAAACAGCACAUUUACUGGAAGAUUUGCAUUUGUUAACAGUGUGCUGCUGGGUCAUGAAAUACAUUUUUGCUCAAUUAAUGCAAGGCUAGUGGAUUUGUGGCCAAUACUGUUCUGUACUGUGUUCAUUAAUUACAGUAUUCAGCCUUCCCUCUGGGACUUUUUCUGCAACUCUGCAUCCAUAUUAGGUUCCUUGCUGACAUACUAUAUAUAAUCAUUAAAUUGGGAGCACUUGAGCAAAAACACUUAACCUAACACGGAAAAAUAUUCAGUAUUUAAAACAGCAAAAGGGUUCUAUUGGACAUGAGAUAUUUGAAUAUAGUCAGAGUCCCUCUGUCCCUUUUUUCUUCUUCACGAUCAUCUCAUUUACGAAUGCAGGCAGAGAGAUGGAACCCAAGCAUAGAGGAUUACAGUGGCCUUGUGCAAUGUUUGAUAAAUGAGAUGACUUUCAUUGGUGGACAAGCUGUUUGAAAAACUGGUAACAAGUAAUAGGCAGGUGGAUAGACAGGAAAGUCAGAGUACUGUGCUGAAGAAAAGAUAACAGAGAAAAUAGUUGAGUAUACUGGUGGAGAACAGCAAUGGAUUGUAGAAAAUAGGAAUUUGACUGCUCAGGUAGAUUAGGGAAAGACACCAUCACACCACUGACAUUUUUUAACCCUGUUUCUGUCCUUGUGCAGGUUCGGACUCGUGACACAGCAGCCCCCAUCGGUGCCUUCAUGUGGCCUCUUCACUGGUCCAUGUGGCUCGGCAUCUUUGUCUCCCUCCACGUCACAGCUGUUUUCCUCACCCUGUAUGAGUGGCACAGUCCAUUUGGUAUGACGCCACGUGGACGAAACCGUGACCGGGUGUUUUCCUUCUCAUCGGCGCUAAAUGUGUGCUACGCAAUUCUUUUCGGGAGAACUGUAGCCAUCAAGCCACCGAAGUGCUGGACAGGCCGUCUGUUGAUGAAUCUUUGGGCCAUCUUUUGUCUCUUCUGUCUGUCUACCUACACUGCUAACCUAGCUGCUGUCAUGGUUGGGGAGAAGACCUACGAACAACUGUCAGGGAUACAUGACCCAAAGGUGAGAAAGUCCCCUCCCGACAAAGGGUUACACAGCCAAGAUGGGUUUUGAAUGAAUGCAUAUGAACAAACUAUCAAUAGCACUAGCAAUAUUUAGAACUGAAGAAGCUUCUUGGAUAAGAGGCAAGGGUCUUCUCAACUCUACACAGUCCAGUUGCCUGAUUUUGGAGUCUUCAAGAAAAUAUCUGAAAUUGCUCUAGUUUUUAAGGAGAUCAGUACCAGUCUGUGUGCAACCAAAUCUGGAGAAGUGGAGAAGUUGUUGUUCUGAUGUCUCACAAGAUCUUACCUGUUGCAGGAAAACAACUGAGGACUCAUGAGUGAUAGUGGAAGAGUCACAGACUGGCCUAGCCAAGCUUUGUUUUAGCUAGUUACAUAGCGAGAUUGUUCUACUCAUCAGUCAGACACACACAAAUUCACGGGAAAAGAGGGUCCAGAUUAAAAAAUACCAAAGUUCUCCUUGAAAAUCUGAAGUCAUGCAAAUGGACCCGUCUGCAGCAGUAUAAAAAUUAGAUUUCUGAAGACACAACCCCAUACACCACUUAAAAAUAUCCUUUAAAUUAAAUACUAUUAUUUAUUGAUGUCAGAUCUGUUUUUACAAGUCUCGAAUAAGUGAUUGUUUUCCAGUUUUUGUCACAACGUUGGUCAAUGGUUGGGAUUAUGCUGUUACUUCCUCACAUCCAUAAGGAUUCAGAGACACUUAACUCAGGAUCUGAUGAGAGUUAUUAGUCUUAUACAUCACUUUAGUCUGUUAGUCUUAUACACUACUCCAUGAAAAAUACAAAUACAACCAUAGCUACUUUUUAAAUUUUGUACAACUUAAAUGCUUGACUCUCACACGAUCUACGCAAGUGUACCUUUUUCCAAAUACAAAACACAUACAUUUAAGAAAUAGCACAGAAGCUGGUUUUCUAUCCUUUUAUUUAUUUCUCUAUUAAAGAAUGACUCUGAUCUUCAUUUGUCUCAAUUUCAGACCAAGAGUUUUGGUUGUUUUUUUUUUAACAGUGAGUCAACAUUUUUUUUUUUAAUUAAACUACUUUUGUAAAAGUAAUUGGGCGGAGGUAAUUAGCCCUUUUUGUCAACUCAUCAGCUCUUUAAAUUAGAAACGCUGAUCCAGGGAUAUUGAAAACUUGUUCUAGACAAGAACAGAAAAGAAAAGAAAAGAAAGAAUGAAAAAAAGUAAAGAAGAAAUUAAAAGAAAAAAGACAGAAACACCUGAUAAAACAGAGAGAGAAAAAAGAUCAAGUGUGUUUUAUCAACAGGGAUCAAUAUUUAAGCUUUUUAACAACAAUCUCAGGGUUAAAUUUGAGUUCAUUUCUUGUUUCUUGCAGUUGCACCAUCCCUCUCAGGGAUUUCGAUUUGCCACAGUGAGGGAAAGCAGUGCAGAGGACUACGUCAAGAAGAGUUUCCCUGAGAUGCACGAGUACAUGAGAAGAUACAAUGUUCCAGCAACACCUGAUGGCAUACAUAAUCUUAAGUAAGGCAAUGACACACUAUGAAUACUGCCACAUUAUUCAUUUAGGUGUACACUCAUAAAAAGGGGUGUGCUCUGUAUACUAAUAAGCCGUUUAUCUAAACACCUCUCUCUGGCAGUUUUAAUUCGAUGAAAAUGAAACAAACAAAAAUAGAAAUUAACAACAUUACGGUUUUUGCGUGUCCAAAAGAAGAAAAUAUUUGGGAAAGAAAUGCUGUCAUUCUCCAGCACAAGCCUGCGUGUUUGCAUUCAUAACUCACACUCCUCCUUACCCUGCCAUUGCUGUCAUCCUAAGCUGCUUCAACAUUCAACUGGCAUCCCCAUGGAGCACAGCAGAAUAUAGUGAGAAGAGGCAGCUGGAAUACAGGCCUAGGCUGGGUAGAACACGAUUUCAGAGGAUGAAACAAGAUUUUUUUUUUUUUUUUUACUGAGCUUGUAAAGUGAUGAUUAGAGGGUUCAAGGAAAAAUGUCAUCUUCGAGAAUUACUUUUGGUGAGGACAACAACAUACAAAUCCAUUACAAUGUAAUUUUGCUCAAGGUUUACACCCUAGGGGAGCAGGGGAGAGUUUUUGGACACCUUACAUCGAUGUAAAACACAUCUAUAGUAUACUGACAGUAGUCGCCCUAUAUGUGGAUUGAAAUCAACAUCUUUUUACUGGUCUUGUCUGUGGAAGUUUGGGAACUUUUGCUCUAGAAGGUGAAUGUUUGAGGCAUUUUCACGGUUGAAAAUGUCAUAUGUUUUGAGAACAAAGAAACUUUAGCAUUUUCAAUAUAAGAUACCUUAAUUGUUGUUUAAUUUACUGAAUUACUAAGGUGGAUAUAUUGCGGUUAUAUCAUGACACCUUGAAGAGCACUGGUCUUGACAUGUUACCAUUUUGUUAUAGCUUAAUCUUGAUGCCUUACUGCUGAAGUUUGAACCAUCAAAUAUUAACAGCCACCUCCCUGACAAAACAAUUGUUAGGAAUCAGAAUAUUCUCUCACUAAGGAUGGUGCCUUUUCAGAAUGCCGCCAUCCUCCUCUUCACCCAAAGCAGUUGGGGUAAACACUCCCAGAUUUAACAUUAAGUCCUAUAGUUAAAAAUCAUGAUCCAGUGUUGAGUUCAGAGUUGAGAUGCAUGUCGAUAAAGCUAGUUGGCUAAUAAACCAAGUGACAUACGAUUAUACUGUGAGGUGUUCAAGGUCAGGUCAGUGAAAGGAGAAGUAGGUGAGUGUAGAAAGUAUAUUAUAAUGAUGUAUUCAACGUCACAUUAAAGGAAAACAAUAUGUAGAAAGAACUAGGUAACAGUAUAGAUGGGGACUUGAAUCAUGACGGAGUCUCGAUAAUGGUAUUAGUAAUAUUUCAAAUAAAUGAUCCCAAUCCCCAUCUCUGCCGAACCUUGGUUAGAUUUGUUGGUCUUUGUUGCUUAUUGGUACAUCGUCACAUAGACAGAAAAGAAAUUCUAGGGCGUCUUGCACCUGGGUGCAGUGUCUCUGCCCUGAACAACCUCAGACAUUCAGCAUUUCUGUAACUGCGUCUCACAUAGCCAUGUAUUAAAGUGACAUUUUCUAUUUGUGCCACUGGGAUAGUAACAAGCCUAACAGCGUGAAGACAAUUCAGAAAGGAGGCCUUGUGCUUUAAUCACAUCACCGAGGGAAUUGGUUGGUGUUAUGGUAGUGAUCCGGAUAUAAAAUACAUAACAUCAUUGGUGGAAAGAGCAAGGACACAUGCCGCAGUCUGAUUGAACCAGUAAUAAUGAACAGCCAGGGUGUGCUGAGAAGAUAGUGGUGGGUUUCAAACACUGUCCUUGAUAAGGAGUGAAAAAUACAGAGACUAUCUUAAAAAACAGAAUUGGAGAAUUUGUAUUCAGGUCAGCUUUGGCUGUCAGUAAAGACAUUCCAAGUUGAUUUGUUAAAACCUUACUGAGAGUGUUGUGACUUAAUAUCUCACCUCUGCAUAAAAGACUUAGAGUGAAGAAUGAGACUGGAUUGGCAGAUACUUGCAGAGAGUGUAAUUUACUUGUAUGUGACCAGGGAAAUUACAAGAGAAGAGAUAUGCAAGAUCAACCUAGGAACUGUGGGGCAACACUGAGAGGUUUUUUAUGAUUAUUAUUUAUUUUGUACAUAUUUGAUGAUGUCCUCUGUGCUCUGUGGAGUUUUCAGAGGCGCAUAGCAAACCACCUCCUCACCUCCUAUCGGUGUUAUUUUGUUAUUAUUUUGUUUUGGUUCUUUGUUAAUAAUUUAUUCAAAUCUCAAACAGCAAAUGUGCAUCACUACAUCCAUUUCCAACCAUUUCUCCAAGAGAGUAAAGAUGGUAAAUAGACCGUCUUUAUACGGUGCUUCCUCUAGUCUUCUGGCCACUUUAAGUCACCCAUUCACACCACAUCCACAAGCUGAUGGCAGAGGCUGCUAUGUGAUGUGCUCAUCAGUAUUAACUGAUCCCAUACACAUAUUGCUGGACAGCCAACAGGGCAGUUUGGGUUAAUUGUCUUACCCAACGUCACUUCAGUGUGUAGACAUCAGGACUUAGGUACCCCAAAAUGAGAGACAACUGACUCGACCACUGAUUUCAUGCAGAAGCUAAAGGGUACUUAGUGUUUUUGCAUUAUACAAAGAAGCAUCCCUGUUCAUCGACUGGGUGUGGGGUGUGUUUUCUAGGCUGCUCCCCAGUUGGUAGAAUAUUAAUAGUAUGAUUUUACAGCAAUCAGCCAUCACAUUGUGACUGCAGAUGUGCAUGUUUAGUCUACUAAAUGACUAAAUCUUGUCACCCACGCUUGUCGGCACCAACACAAGUUGGCCAAUUAUACAUGGUGUGUAAGUCAUAGCAGAUCCAUCCAUCUGUAGAGUAUGAACCACAGAUCCCAUUAAUAGCUACUACCAUACUGCUAAGAUGCUCGAAUGCUCUACUCAAACAGUCAGCCGCACUACCUGGAUGUAAACAAGCAUAGAUGAUACAUAGUAUGUCACUGUACAGCAAGGUUCGGCAUUGUUUUGAAUUUAAAAAAAUGGAGAGACUUUUUUUUGUAGACUGUGUGAUUAAACUGUCUAUAAGAACUUCACUAGAGCGACAUAAAAACAGUACAGGCAUGUUAACAUUAACCUAUGAGGAGGACUGAAGGCUGGUGGUGCUCGCUCUGGUAACAUUAGUCACAGUCAGCAGAACCUUCUUGAAAUUGUUCCCUGUAUCUGUUGCUCUGUGUUAGGUAGUGUUUGAUAGAGUGUGCUCAAUUUUUCCACACGUUUUUCUACAAGUCAAUGAAAUUUUUAAAUCUGUGUUUAAAUGGUUAGGAAAUUCGGAUGAGCACUGAUUGAGACCAUCAGCAGAUUCAUGUUUGGCACCUUCUCGGAUGAAGGUCAAAAUAGUCCAAGACAAUGACCUCACUUGACCUCUGGAGAUGGGCUGUGGUGUCUGGCACCAAGACAUUUGUAGCAAGAUCCUGUCCUAUAAGUUAGAAGGUGAAGCCUCCAUGGAUCAGACUUUUUCCUAUCUGAACCAGCAUGUUCUUUUGAAGUAUUUUGAGCUUCAGUGACUCUCUGGUUGGAUCGGACCACACAGGCCGGCCUUUGCUCCCCUUCAUGCACCAGUUAGCUUUGGCUACCUCUGACCCGCUCUUUGUACCAUGGUCGUUCUUCCUUGGGCCUUUUUUGUUAGGCACUGACCUUCACUGCAGACUGGUAACACCUCACAAGGGCUGCAGUUUUUGGGAUGCUGUGACAGUCAAAGUUGCUCUUAUCUCACACUUGUCCAUUUUUCCUGCUUCCAUAGAAUCAGUAACUGCUGAGACAAAAUGUUCAUUGCAGUCCCGACCACUAACAGGUGCCACUGUAUCAAGAUAACCACUUUUACUUCAUGUGUCAGCGUAUUAGUUCCCAUAAUACAUUUAAGAAAAGACAGUUGGGUCAGAUUAUAAAUCAACAUGCUGCUUUAGCAAAGUUGUAUGAAAAUCACGCACAAUUGCCAUGGCAUGCCACAUUUUUGACUGAGAGAAUAUUUGAAAGAAUGACAGCUAUAAAGUAAGUUAAAUAUUAAAGCUGAGCCUCAGCUAAACAGGUAACAAAAACUGAAAAAUCCCCACAGCUUUUCGGUGUAGAGAAACACUGUGUUUGUUGUUGUGUUGAGUGCAGUAAGUAAAGAUGUCACUUACUUUCCUACAUCUGCAUUUGAAGUGCAAUUCCAACAUAUCUGCUUUUGUGUUACAGGGCUGACCCUCAGAAACUUGAUGCAUUUAUCAUGGAUAAAGCUCUUCUGGACUAUGAGGUCUCCAUAGAUGCAGACUGUAAAACAUUAACAGUUGGAAAACCCUUUGCCAUAGAAGGUAACAUUACAAUUUAUGACACUAUACAUCCUAACUGUUUCACCUUUUUAUAACUGUUUAAAAGACAUAAAAAUGACAUUUUUCACACUGAACAUGUAAAAACAGAGGAGCACCAGUCUUAUUCAGUUUAGGAAAAGCAAGCGAACCCUCUAGAAACACAGUUUUAUUUCAAAGCUUUGAACUCUCUCAGACAGACAAAAUCAUUAAGCUGUAGUUCAGACAGGGUUAUUUCAUGACCAGGGCACAGAAUGGAGGAAGAGGGAGACUAUUCCUAAUUUCUAACGUAGCCUGGGUACUUAGCGGAGCAGCCCUAUAAUUUAGCAAAAAGAAGAAGAAAAAACCUUUGAUGAGUGACUGACUCAGACUUUGCAAAAUGAGUCUUGAAAGAAUGGCUUUGUCAAUAAAAAUGCAUUGUAUACCAAAGAUGCUGUGUCCUUGGUAUAAAUAUGGACAUGGAAAACACAUAAAAAGAGCACAUGGAAGUAUGUGGGUUGAUCAUAUGUUUAAGUGCAGGCUCUGGCAUAACGUAAAUAAAAUGGUAUAAAAUACUUGAAGUAUGUGUUUUUAUAAGCUGCUUCAUCAUGCAGGUCUUGUUGUCAGUCUAACCACUGCAGUUUUUUUACUCACUUAUUAAAAUUUGGAUCAAUUCCAGCUUUGAGGUUUUUUUUCCAAUUAAAAAUGAAAGUACUGGGUAAUUCAAAACAAAUAGUAGGAAAAAAGCUGAAAUCAGAAUCCUGACAUCCACACAGUUUUCACUAAUAUGUUUUGGCUUUCAUCUCUCAGUAGAUUUUGGGAGGUCUUGAAUGACUGCAGUCUAACAGGGCAUGAGUAUCUUGGCACAAACCUACAUUUAAACAAUAUCAAACACACAACUUUACACGGUUUUAAUCUUUUAGCUUUCAGCAGCUUUAGAUCCUCCACUGUCCACUAAUCUCCAUUUAGCCAGUCUCUUCCUCCCUUUGUGAAUAUAUUCCCAUGGUGGUUGCUUCCAUUACAGGCCACUAAAGCCCCAUAUUCUAGUGCUGUUGUUAAUUACUUAAUGCACACUUAAGCCUUCAAGAUACAAAUCAUUCAGGCUACUUCCUACUAAGCCAUGGUACUUCUUUAAUUGGCUGUUGCUGAUUUGUCACACUGUCCUGGCACGAUGGGAAAUUCUCAGAUUUAAUUGCAAUCUCAAGAACCUGCUUUGUCUUAGCAUAACAAUGUGUAUUUUUCCCCCAAUAACCAAAAAUAAAGAAGACUGUUCUCUGCUUUUCUCGUGUGCACACACAGCUGUAAACCGGUGAUUGAAAAUAAUGGCAGCAGAUGGAAGUGAAGUGAAAAAGAAAUAAUGAUUCUGUACAUUUCCUCUGGCAGGUUACGGGAUUGGCCUCCCUCAGAACUCCCCGCUCACAUCCAACUUUUCAGAGCUUGUUAGUCAGUACAAGUCAGAUGGCUUCAUGGACAUGCUGCAUGACAAAUGGUACAAGGUUGUGCCCUGUGGGAAGCGCAGCUUUGCGGUGACUGAGGUAAGAGCAAAACCACCUGUUCCACACAAUAAUACAGUUACUGUUUUGACCAAUAUACAUGGGGACAGACAUUGUGUUUUGGUGUGUUUUUUUCCCCAUAUCAUCACCCUUAUGUGGUUCUAAUAUAAAUAUAUUCAUUUUUUUGGGUGGUCUUUACACGAGUAUGAAUUUGUAAGACGCCGGUAAAAUAAACUAUCGAUCUGGUGAUAUUGACACACGGAGACGCGUAUUUGUCCAUGACUCUGCAUCUUUUUUGAAAACGGGUCUGCAGGUGGAUUUCAGGGUAUUCGUCUUCAAUAAUUCUCUACAAAGACUUCCAGUUUCUGUUCUCAAAUGUGGUUUUUUUUUGUUUCAUCGCACUGCUUUCAUCAUUCUCUUUUCUAGCCAGGCAUCAGGCUAUUAGACCUGAAGAGUUAAAUAUAUCAUGUCACCAGGCAGAUACAGUCUUCACUGUAAAUCUACUUCCUCACAAUUCCCAGACAAGAAUGCCAUCAAUAUACAGGAGAAGCUUUGCUGUUUUUAUAAAGCUCUUGAAAGGUAACUUUACCAGGAUUUCUACAACUUCUUUCACACCACCUCUUCUCCUGCAAGACCUCUUUGUUCGGUAGCUGCUCCUUACUAAUUCAGACCCAAGCCCCUGACCGCCAAGCUGCCAGCCAAGCUGUGUCCCUUUACUCUUGUCUUGAAUGGUCCGUUGUCCAUUCUGUGCUGCUAUUACCCAGCACUUAGCUCUCUUAGCAGCCUGGCUGUCUUUUCACCCAGAUGUGACUCUUGAAUCCCCAAAGGUGGCUCUAUUGCAGUCUGCAUAUUUGGUAGCACCCUGUUGUCAGACGUGAAUGAAAAACUCACUUCCAAAAACAAAUCCAUGCCCGUUCUCUCCACCGUAGUUAUUCUUUUUCUCUUUAUCUGUUUUACUUAAAAACUGUUUUUAAAGGCACAAAACGUCUGCUGCCUGCUCUUCAUAAAUUUUCCAAAUAUGAAGCACUACAUAUUGGGAUGCAUGUUUGAGUGACAGCUUUAUCUAAAAAGUGAUUCAUAAAUGUAAAAAACCAUCUGCUGGGUUGAUCUAAAUAGCGGUAGCAGUCCAUUGCAGUGCAGCUGAUUCAGUGUGGCUGAACCAUUUUCCUCUGAGUAAGAGAUAGAUGUGCUAUAGAUGCUAUCUACAGUUGCAGACAUUUAAAUUGCUCCAGGUACAUUUCAUCCUGCAGUGUCUCGUCUGCAUCUUCCAACAGUGAAGGGAGUAAAAGCUGCUUGACCACCAUAGCUGUUUUAUUCCUUCAUUUAGCAUUGAUUUUUACCUCCGCAUACACAUAUUUAACAUGCAACAUUAGUUAUGUGUCAUAAAACAACAAUUCUAAUGAUCAUCUCAAACUUAAUGUCUCUCACUUGCUCAUGCAGCUUCAUCGACAUCUUUAAAUUCUAACAAGGGUAUUAUGUUUGGCCUAACCGUGCUGUCAAUAGGCACACUGGACAUUUCAUCAGAAAAUUCAUGUGAUGUAAGCAGUAUGAAUGUCUGACAAGGCUGGCUCAGUUCAGCUCGGCUCAGCAUUUUUUUGUUGCAAUCCUUUAUUCCAAUGAAUGAGUGCUGCACCAGCAGCAACAGCGAGGCCCGGGAUUCAGAAAAGAAGAAAAUCUGAUGGAUUGGCUUCAAUGAGGCAGCCAAACCCCUCUGGCACCCAGCCAACGCUCUGUCACCCCAAAGAAGCUGAUCCCAUUUAAAGUAAUAAAAUCAAUACGAAGAAAUAACAUAUAAUUCAAUUACCUUACAUUAAAGGGGGGCAAACUCAACUUCUCCAAGAGAUAAACUGUUAUCAGAGAGAUUAAGUUUAUGUGGCAUAUUGAACUUAUUCAGAGGUUUUAGCAGAAAAUGAACACAAUUAGAAGUUAGAGGGUAAAAAAAACCUAAAGUGGAGUUGUGGUUUUUCUAUAGGGUUGGUAUAAUAAAGUCUGCAUGCUGCCAAAACUCUACAGUAUAUGUGCUGAUCUAAAGAUGGUCUAUAAUGAUGAGGAAUGUUGGAGUGGUCUGGAAAAUAAUCACUUGCAUCACUCCUUAUGCACUCCGACUAAGCAUUAGCUGAGAUUAAUGCCGUGUAUCCUCACUAAGCUUGUCUUACACUUAAAAGAUAAUACCACUAUACGUUUUAUCCUCUUCUAUCCAAAUCAAUUCUCCGGAAACUUCUCCCCUCCAAAAGUCACAACUAGUCUCCUCUCUCCAAAUUUCACUCUAGCCAGCUCGCCAAGUCACGAUACUGCAAUGAAGGAUUUAAUCCAUCAUGAAUUUUUUUGCCCAACAUGACUUUAUAAUGCAAUCAUUGCAGCUGCUGCUGUAUUCACACUCAGCAGUAAAACGAUUCAUAUGAAAAUCUCCAUCUGCAAUAACUGAAACAGAUGCUCAAUCAGGAAAAGUGUGAUGACAUCAGCUGAUUUGUACCUUUUAGAUGUGCGUUGUCGAAUUCUUUACGGCUUCAUUUAAAGACAAUAUUGAAUUCAGUGCUUCCAACAGGCAUUUCAGAUUAUACAUUAAUGACGGUUUUAUCAUGUUAAUUAUUUACUUUGGAGUCUUUUCUUUAGGUCGUUUAGUUCUAUCAGAUGUAAAGCAGCAGUACUAUGCAGUAUUCUCUGCUUUUCGCUCAUUUUCUUUAAGCUUUCACAGCUGCAGAUGCAGGAAACGGGGUGUUAUAAAGUCAAGGGCAAAACAAGUCAUGGCACAUAAAAUUGUAAAUGCAGAGUUCUGCGCAUGCAAGCAGGUUUAGAUAAUAUUAUCAAAAAUGGAAGCAGGUGACUCUUGGAGCUGCCCAAACCCACUUCUAAAGACUCGGGAGCCAAUCCUGUUUUUACGAAAUAUAAAUGGAAAUAAAUUAAAAAGAAACUCACUCAAAUCGUGUCAUUUGAGUGUAACUUAUUGCUAAACACCAUCCCUGUUCCUGAGAAGCAGCAUCUGCUUGAGUUAAAUAUGGAAGCCAACAUUCAUGCAAAGUGAAGUGUUUUUAUUCACUUUUUUAUGAUAAGACACUGACAUUAAAUAGUGACAAAGCAUGAAUAGGAUUAAACACAUUCAUUGUUACAAUUACAUAUUGUCAUGGCCAUGCUUACUUUAAUAUUAGGCUUAAACUGAUUAAUGUUUGCAGUCCUGUUUACAUGCAAAUACAUCAUUUUAGCAUUGCAGAAAGAAUUGUACCAAUACAGCCUGGGACUUUGAAAAUAAAGGGUUUGAUAAACCUCAAUAUAACCUCAUUAGCUGUCUUUUACGAAAUAAUUUAUAAUCAUGUUAACCUUCUAUAACUUCACCUUUUACCCUCCAUUUGAAUCAAUAGAUCAUUGUCCUAUUCAAUGUUAACCUUUCUUUCUUUUUCCCCAUCUCUCACCCUGUCUCUCCAGACGCUGCAGAUGGGCAUCAAGCAUUUCUCCGGUCUUUUUGUGAUGCUCUGUGUGGGUGUGGCCUUAUCUUUACUGACCACUAUAGCAGAACACAUUGUGUACAAGCUGGUGAUCCCAAGAGUCAAGGAGCCACGCUUCAAAUACUGGCUGCACACGAGCCAGGUGUGAAACUCAUUCUCAAAUACACACAGAUACAACACACAUCUUCUGUUUUAACUGUGAGUUUGUGACUCGUUCAGAUUAGCAGGAUCACUAGUAUAUCACUAAACUAGACUGCUGCAUAUUGUGUCUCUUACUUUCCCCCUUCUUUCACUCCAAGGUCUGUUUGAUUUGUUAUGCAACACACAGCCUUGAUUGUUCUCCCAAACACUGGAAAAUUAAUUGUGAAAAUGACUAAUUAUUAACGCAUAUGACAAUGAAUAUGCCUCUUGUUUUCCAGAGAUUACACCGGGCCCUCAACUCCGUCUUCAAUGAUGACAAACUACCAACUGUUACCAAGCCUGAAAAGAGGUACGGAUGACGCUACUGACUUUCCUGACUCGUGCAUAUUUGGUGAACAAGACUUUUAGUUGAGUAAAACCACAUGACUAAUGCUGCGUUCCAGUUACCUCGGAAGUUUGAUGUCAGAGCUGGGAAUGACGUUACACCCGAGUUGACGGCGUUUCAGUAAACAAGUUGGAAAACCAAGAUGGACGCCUACUUUUAGCCGUUGUUAGCUGUUGUUUACAAUUGUCAGUUGUCGUUGACCGUAGACUGUUGUCAGUGGUUGUUAGCCAGUUGUAAACAACAAUAUUUUUUUCUUACAAACACAGUAGCACCGUGUUCACAGUUAGUUGUUGGGAGGUACAACAUAUACCACUUAUUUAAUUUCACAAAAACAAAACAGAAGUGCUAAUAAAUAAUACGUUAUGAUAGCUUUCACUGUUACUCUUUACUGUUGACGCACUGCGCUGCCAUCUUGGAUUAUGACGUUGUCGUCAAGUCCGACUCGCAGCUCGGAAAUUCGGACUUCCGAGUACAACUGGAAUGCAGCAUCAAUGACUGGAGCGAAAACAAACUGAACCCAGUUGUAUGUCAGUUAGUAAUACAAUAUUCAGGACUCAGGCUUAUUUCACCUCUAGUCACGUAAGGGCAAUUCAUAAACGGGCUUCCAAGUGACUAAAGACCUUCCUGACAAAGUGGCAUCAAAGCACUGCAUCACCCACCAAAUGAAAUUAAUUUCCCCCAUUUAGAAGCUUAAAAUAAUGUCACCUAACUGAAUUUUGGACAGCAGAUAAACAAACAAAUUUACCACGAAUAGAGAGAGUGUCAUGCUGAAUCCAGGCACAGAGAGCUAAUUUUCAAAAGGAAUCGGUCCAAUGGUUGGAUUAACAGGCUGUGAAUAAAUGACACCAAUCGACAUCCAAGUGGCAGCUAAAAGACCCUUUUUUAAUCAGAAACUAAAUACAAUGGUCAGUCUGUUGGAAGCUAAUUAUAGCCAAGGGAAAGUGAGAAAAUAAUUCCAUGCUAACGUCACAGAGUAUUGUUUGGCUCAGUGGGUGAGGAAAAGAUUUAGUAAAUCACGACAGCUUCUUUUUGGUCAGAGUCAGUGUGUUUCCAAAUGUUGCCUGGUCCAGAAUCGUUAUAUAAACUCUCUCUGUCAUUUUGACACCGCUACAGUGUGUGUCCUUGUGUAGCCCCUUUUUUCGCACUGGUCAUUGCUCACACUGCAAUGCUUGAUGUCUCAACCGAGCUUUAGAUAAGCGUAUCUGCUGUAGGAUAAGCAAAAUGGAUUUUUUUUUUUUUUUAACUCAUUUACACAUUUCUCAAGCAUUUGCUGAGCGAAUGAUCUUUCUCUGUUUGAAAUGUUCAGCUGUGCUCUAUUUCACAUCCCUCCCCUACUUAGCGCCACACGCAGAGGGGACACUCAGGUGGAGCUCUCAGAGUGGGGAUUAAAUACACGUAAUGAUUAUGGAGCCAAGGCCAUGUGAGGGAUGCCAGUGGUAAUGAGGAUAGAUUACCUACUCCUGCAUAAUUAGGCUCAUUCAAUCAGGCUCUUCCGCACUAUGUCUGCACACAGUCUAAUCGUCAGGAGUUAUUACUGUCAUAUUGUCAAUGUCCCACAGAAAUCUCGUGUCAGAAAUGACUGUAUUCCAAGCGCUGCAGAAAAAGAGGAGAUGAUCCUUACAUUUGUGUUUUGCAGAUCUACAAAAAAAUCCUACUCCAUGCAUCUGUCACCAGUACAUUGCUGCGGGCGAGUCAUGUACUUAAUCCUGUGUUCAAUAAGUAGGCAAUAUGUAACCAAAUGAAGCAUACUGGCAAAAAAUUAAUUGGCUUAAAACCACUGCUUUGGAAAUGAAGAAGAUUAUGGGUCUAUCGUGAGCGUGCUAAUAAGGUUGUUGCUGAAAGGCAUUAGAGAAAUGUCUGUCUGAGAGAACCAUCAGUACCGUAUAAAACUCUUUAACAGUGUGCAAUGUCCAAUUAAGAUCUUGUGAUUUAGUAUCAAACCAAGGCCUAAUGGUGAUCCAUGCUAAAAUGUUAAUCAGGUAUCACUUUUCAUCCUCGUAAUAUCUCAAAUCAUCAGCCAUGAAAUAUUUCCCUUUAUUGAGAAAUUAUCUGGGACCAUUUCUUCCACCUCUUAUAUCCACUUCCCAUUUCUGAUAUUGGCCAUAACUAAUUGAGGUCAGUAUAACCAUCAAGCGUUACUGAAAUACAUUCUUCGAUUUUACUUUUCUCUGUUUUUUCAAAGUAAUUUUUAGUAUUUUAUAUUUGAUAUAUUUGUUGACAUAUAAUAUAUAGGCUGCAGUAAAUAAGGCAAUGUCGUCCCUGUUAGGAAACAAUCUGUACUUUUGUUUUUGUAAUAGCACUCUUAAAAUCACAUAUUUUUCCCCAGAAGAACAAGGUUUUCUGGCAACCUGAGCUAUUCUGCAGCGGUGAAAUAAUUGAGCCUCUCUGUCUCAGUUCUACUGUGUAUUUCUUCAAGGCACACUGCCAUGACGAUUUUUAGGGAGCGUAAUCACAAAAGAAAGGAGCCUCACUGCGAGCUUUAUACAUAAGAGAGAAAAAAGAGGUUUGUAUCAAGCUGAUGAUCAAAGCUUUGAAAAGCUGUGCCGCUGAUAGAGAUUCAGUAUCCUGCUAUAAGGGGACACUUCAGAUUGAUGCAUGUCUUUCUGGUGUACCUGUGACUUUCUUGUCCCCCCUGUUCGCUGUGGUAGAAGCGGUGCAUGUGUCUUGUUGUGACUGCUGAUAACAACAUCUGUACUGACAGAUGGGUUGGGAAAAGUGGUCAGUGGUGAAAUAUCCCAUCUCUAAGUCAAUUCUGAGGAUGUCACAAAUGACUGCUGCAGGUAAACAUGAGUUGUCUUCUUUUCAAAGUCGUGUGGGUUGACCUGAGAUGGCAAAUAUGUGUGAUUACAGGUACUUGAAUGUAGUGAUCGCUUUAACUUGACUACUAAAGCUGUGCGAUAAGUUGCAAGGAUCAUUUUAUGGACUAGUAAAGAUCAAUAUGUUUGAAAAAUGUAAAUGAUGGCUGGAGCAUAUCAGGAGGAAUUUGGUGCCCCUGUAAUCUGGGAGAGAAGGGAAAGACGUCUCCACAGAUAAUGGUUGGAAAUCUGUGAGCUGUUGCUGAUGUGGAGGAGAGCUGUGUUCUCUAAGUAAAGAGAGCAGAGGCCUUGGUUGGUGGAAAACAAAUAAUCUCUUCUUAUGUAGUUUAGAAAGCACUGAAUGGUUUAAAACUGUAUAAGCAGGGAGUACAGGUACAUGGAUGCAUAAACAAAGAAGUCAGUUUGUUCUUGAGCGAGAAACAAAGGCUCCCACUAAAGUACUUUUGCACAUAAGUAGUUUUGCACAAAAGGAACAAAAACACACCACUCAAGAAGAUGGUCCCGAUAUGAAGGACAUUCUGGCAUUGCAGAAAAAAAGCACCUUUUUAGGCCUGCAUGCACAACAUCACACCUGCCGGCACUGCAUGGUGCACAGUUUCCUCUCUGACCUUGAGAUCACUGUUUCUUGUGGGACUCUCCACUAAGCAAAAAACAGAAGUGUUUUAAUUUGAGACCCAUAGUAACUAUCCAUAUGCACAUGAUGGAGCUGAAACAGGUCGUCUCUUAUCCAGGAUGGAAACAUAAACACUGAAGUGCUAAGAAAAAUAAGACAGGUGUAAGAAACAUUCAUCUUGACAGAGGAUACAGUCAGCUACUGUUUUGUUUUUUUUAAUUUUGCCUUAUUUUGCAAAUGCUGCACAGUUGUCAGCUACAAUAUGCAAACAAAAAAUGACUAAGAAGUAAGAAAAGUAAAAUAUCUCUGACUCAAUCUUUGACCCAGUCAGAAAAAAAAGCUAGAAUAGAAAAUCUAUCGUCUGGACAUUGGUAUUUUCCUGUGUAGAUUGCACAGAGGAAUAAACUGCGCUGGUAAAAUUUAGAGGAAAUACUUUUCUAAGCAAACCAACAAACAGAAGAGAAUAAAUGAAUAAAAGCAAAAUAAUGCUGGCAAAGCAAGAACUGUAAAAGGGGUCAGAAGGAGAAAUUGACAGCUAACAGCAUAAAAGCCUGUCUGCAAAGGUGAGCUGGAUGUUACACAUUUACCGAUCGAAGGAAAGGUCUGCUAGAAAAUGUUUCUAGUCCAGAUGGUGAAACACCAACCCAGAGACCUGCCUGAAAUCCUCCAGCUGCAGUCAUAUAGCAUCAUUUAGAAACAUCUGUGCUGUAAAGGCUCGAUCACUUCUAUAUUUUGUCUUUAGAGAGGCUGUAACGGAGGUGUUUAUCACAAGUGUAAGGGCUUAGUAGAUCUGAUCAUUUUAACCACACUACAAGUAUUCUCUUCUCCAUCGCAGCUGCAGCACAGGUGCCCUCCUGUCAACUGGUGCACAUUUCUAUGAAAGGUGAAACUCUUAUGUUCUGACGAGAUCUGUAAGGUCUCUUUUGAUGCCAAGAGUGUCACAGGGGGGUCACUGAGGGGUGAACUAGAGACGAUUUUAGUUUGGUAUAAGAUAUUGUUGUGGAACGAUUUUAAAGCCAACAACACCACCUUGGGAAUUUCGCCCAAGGAAUUUUUUUGAGGGGGAUUGUAAAGGCACUCAAGUUCGUUCUACCUUUCAAAGAAACACAAGACGUGGUUUCAUUUUAAAAAGAAAGUGAUUUAAACAACCCUUUUUAAAAUUUGUCAAUAAAAUACCACUUUCACACCAGGAAGGGAGAUCCUUUUUCAGGGCUGAGUCUUACCAACAUGCGGUAAAUCAAAGGAAAGGUAAGGGGGAUCGGAGCGAGGACACUAAAUAACAUGAUAACCACAUUAAAUUCACACAGUGCAACAACUAAAAACAGGGGAUACACAGCACACUAUGAGGGGAAAACCAUCACCAGGACACCAGGGACCACCGUUGGCUCUCAGCAACAGAAAAAGGACACAUAAAAAAGGGGGAGUAGUAGGCUCACUCCAAGAAAAUAAAAUGACCCAAGACCCAUAAUUAAAUUAGACAAGAUAUACCAAACUGAUCAAGCAAAACAGGAUUAAGCAAAAACAAAUAACUGCUUAAAUACUAAAAAAUAAAGAUUCAAUGAUAAUGGAUUAAUGGAAACAAACUUAACCCAAGGAUUUUCCCCAUGAACUCAGACCAAAGCAAUACACACACAAAUAAAGGAAAAGAAACUAGAAAAGGAAAACCAAGGAUGAGGAAAAUAAAAGAAGAUAAACAAAAUCAACUAACAAACAAAGUUAGUCCCACAAUUAACCCAAACACAGUUCAUGAAGCUCAACGCGGCCUGAGCAGGGACAGCAGGAAAACAGACGGGCAGCGGUGCAGGCAAAGUGGAGUACCAGAGGCCAGACAGCCGCUGCGGGGCAGAGGCAGCAGGAAGGCCGCGGCCACUAAGGCAGGAUAGCCGCGGUAAGGUAUUCAACAAUGAGGAAGCGAAGCAAAGCAAAGCAACACAGACGAAGGCAAAACAGGAGCGAAGCAGCGUCAAAGCAGAGUAGUGUUUUCUUUCAUUAAUUUCGCACUGCUGGAAGUCCCCAGAGAGACACCCAGCACACACGGCCGCGACCAGGCCGACGUUAGAGACCCCCCAGAGGGAGAGAAGCGAACCGAGCAGGUAUCAAAUGUUCCGGCGAUGACAACAAUAUAUUCACGGCGCCGGUCGCGAGAGCUCACAAACAUCAACACCGCAUCCAAAAACAAGCCAUAUCACACACAAAUCAGCAUGAUAACUGAUCGGUUAGCAUUUUUAACAGCCACAGCUAACCUACCUGCACCGGUGUGAGUGUGAGGAGAGGGGCGAGGCGACCUGGAAGUGGAGGGCGAGGCUGGAGAGCAAGGCCAGAGUAAGAGAAAGGGGAGGGUGCCACUACACCCUUUUAUAAAGUUGCCCCGUGAGUGAAUUCGCUACAGGUACCCAAGACAGCAGGCAAAUACAGCUCUAAAAGUGAGAAUGAGACUAUCAUCCUGCCACAAAUACAAAGCAUCUCAACUUUGGGAAGUUUUGUGGCUUUAGAUCACAGGAUUGUUUUUCCCAUGGCCUAUUUGAUCCACUCAUAAAGUUUUCAUUUGAGAGAUGGGACUAUUUUUUGCUCUUUUUGAAAUGCAGCACAGCAUCUAAACCAGAUUUCAGUCUAGACUUUGAUUAGGCCACUCCAAAACCUUUGUUUUUUGUUUUGUUUUGUUUUGUUUUAUUUUUUGAGUCAUUCAGAGGUAGACUUGCUGGUGUGCUUCAGAUCAUUGUCCUAUUGCCCAACACAAAUGCGCUUGAGUUAAAAGUCAUGAAUUUAAAGCUGGACAUUCUUCUUCAGGACUUGGUUUGACUGUGGAUAUGAAGUUCUUUGUCUCAAAUGCUGCUUUAGUUUUACAGCAGAUGUAACAGGAUUAUCACAUUCAUAAAAGUUCCUCUUCUUACUUAUCAGUCCACAAAAUAUUUUCCCAAAAGUCUGACUCACAUGUAUUUUAACUUUAUAGAUCAACCUUUACUGCAGCCAGUCCAGACGGAGAACUCUAGACCUCCAUGCUUCCCUUUCAGUAACCACAUAUAGUUCCUGUUUUGAUUGUCCGUUGUUUAUAGUGAUUCUCUGACCUGCCCCUAGCAGCACUAUAACACUGAGGGCUUGGAGAUUAUGUUAAACUUAUAAAUGUAAUUCUCAGGUUGCAGAAUUAUAGUUUGUUAAAGUUUAAAAAAUGAAUUCAGGUGACUUAGGCCUCAUUUUUACUUUGUAGAGUGCUCAUAAGAUAACAGAGACAUUCUGUAUCAUUAAAAUAACAUCUGUCUAAUUACACCAUGUUAGCAUGUUGGCAUUUAGCCACACAGAGCAGCCAGUGUAGCUGUCAACCCUUAUCUCAUGACCUUUACAUCUCCCCACAUAAAGUAAGUAAAAAUGUCACCAGUAUCACUUUAAUAUAUGUAAAAACAUCUUUUUUUACAUACAAUUUGUAUGUAUUUACUGUAACACAGAAUUCAUUGUGAUAAAUCACACAGAAACAAAGAAAAAAAGGAACAUUAAAAAAAAAAACAGAUUGGAGGAUGCUGUUCCUGUUUGCAGCAAACCCUUCAGUGAAAUAGUCUGGAAACAUGGCCGGCACGACUCGCCUUGAAGGAGGCCCAUCUGGCAUACUACUCCUCAGCCCUCAGCUUCCUCUUCUCAUCUUUUCUCUCUCUGUACUCUCAGUACCCGUCCAUCCAAAACCCAACCUUCAGUUUGUCUGGAAGCCGCUACCUAGGCUCCUCUGGUUUGGGUCUUUGUUUACCUGUAUUUUUAAAAGAUGAGAUAAAAGUUUCAGUUUUAAGUACAAGUAUAUGUACAUUGUUGCUAUUUAAACUUGUGAAUUUAACAGAUUGAGUAUUUAAAAAAGAAAGAAAAUAGUGGUAUAAACCUUCAGGCUUUGGAGCUGCCUUUGCAGCAGAAAGGAGGUAGGUGGUGCUGUUUGGGUGAGGCUCCCAUUUGACACGCUCACUGUCGUCAGCUCUCCAACAGAGUUAUUAAUCAGGGGUUUCCUCUUGCUCUGCUGCUCACAUGCCUUCUGGUCAGAGGUCAGAUGAUCACAGCUGGCUUUGUUUCCCACCACUGCCAGGCCACAGAGCUGUCUGUCAGAAUAAUGUAAAAGCUCUUGGGCAGAGAUUCAAGGUGAUUUGAUGUAGUAGGAGUUCUGCUGGAACUGUCUGCUCACUGAUUGAAGUGUUAACUUGGAACCAGCUUCUUUAGACGUGUGUUACUUUAACUCACACAUAUUGUUCCUGUAUAGAACUUAUUUAUUUUGUCAAUAUUGGAUAGUAUUAUAUUUUGUGUUCCAUAUUUGAUCUGCUUAAUGAUCUUCUUUGUCUGUAGCUUAGGUUUGCAAAAUAACUCUAUCAGGGUAACUAGAAAAAAGCAGAAAUUGCACUUCAGGCAGCGGAGAUGUAAACCUUGAACUGCAAAAAGCUUCUCUAAAAAGUUGCCCACGAUUAAUGUUUCUUUUAAGCUUCAAUAAAAAUUUCCAAAAGGGACAGCUGCUACAUUGAAAAUAUCUGCUCACACUCCCCCUCUCUUUUGUGACAUUUUUUGACAUGUGAGAAGUUGAUUAAACGUACAAACAAUAAAUCUACCAAAUUUAGAAACUACUGUCAUAUAUUGCAAAAAUUAAAUAGACAUUAAAAUCUCUUGUAUUGGCAUCCCAAGAUCCCAAUAUCCAUCUCCAAUUCUGCUGAUAACUGAAAAACAAUUAAACAACAACAAUAAAGUCUUAUUUGCAGGAUCUUUAAAGCUCCCAUGAAAUAACUUGGCAAUGAUAUUUUCCUUUUGUAUUUCUUGGUUCUCCCAGCUUGCAUGUCACAAAAAAAUGAGCUGAAAAGAAGACAGUACAUGUGCCUCCAAAAGAACACCAACAGAGGAUCAGACUGUUCCUCAAUCAAUCCUCUGAACAGCAUGCAGAGGAAGGAUUUGUCAUGGGGUACAUGAUAAAGCCUCAACAGAACAUGACAUUAGUGAUUCUGUGUGGAACUGACACACUCAAACCUCUAACACAGUAUCCUAGAGCUCAUUAUCUUAAAGACGAAGGUAGACCUUGGUGUGAAUCGGAGAGGUUGGUGGAUCAGUGCCGGUGCCGGGGGAAAUUAAUUGGACGUGUUGGAUUCUACAAGUAAGCCUUGAAAGUCAAGAUGCUCUCUUUUGCCUUAAAUGUCUAAGUUUUGAAGAGCUACUCAGUAAUAAGGCCAAGUUUUAAUUAGUCCAAGCAAAGUCAUGAUUAUGGCGCUGUGAGAGAAAUGUCAGUGUUGAUGCUAGGUGUGUUACCCAGUGCCACUUCACAGCUUUACUGGCCGAAUGAACAUUUGCAUAAAAUAUUCUUACUGUGCUGAUGGAUAGAUUUUUCAAACAUUAUUUGGGCAUCAUUCAUCGCUGGUAGGAUUGCAGGCAUUGGAUCUUGUACUUAUGAGUAAGCAAAUUUAAAGGCCAAAGUUUGAAGAAACUGUUUUUUAGUCAUAACUCAUAAACCCUGUAUCUCUCUUUUACCCUGUCAUCCUUUCAUGCUUCUUUUCCACCUGUUUACCCUUCAAAGUAUUCACAAGUCGAGUUUUCACAGCAGCUAUCAACUAAGUACCCUGCUGCUAUCAAACUUUAAGUCUUGUCUCCUCUCUGCUCCAACAGUUUGCUGUUUAAUUGUGGAUCAAUAAAGUCUUUUUAACCACGGUCUAUAUCAGUGUCUAGGUUCAGCUCUCAAGUUGUUUGCUCUUUACCCUACAUCCCUCCCUGACUACUGCCACCAGUGUCGAGGCUCCAUCAGGGGGUUAUUCUAUCCCACAGUCAGCCUAUGAGGAUGUCUCUAUGGGGUGCUAACACCCCACUUUAAGUCUAAAUCCCGAUGAAAAUCUUAUUCUUCAAUUCUGUGAGGUGACCAGAAGGCCAGCCAGAACCAGUUCUCUGUGCAACUGAAAUAUACACAAACACCAUAAAGACAGAACGUUGCCCUGCAGGAUAAGCGUGAAAAGUUCUGCAGUGAUUUCAUGAAAGUAACAGGUUAAUACCAUGUGAACUAAAAAUGGUGGUUUGAGUCUUCACUGAACUGUAUUUACAUCCACUGAUACAGUCAGUGGAGUUAAAGGAAUGUUACUUACAUUUCGCUUUACACCUUUUUCUGCAGGUGUAAUGAGGGGAACAACCAACCAGCAUCCUGGAAUCCUGCGGAGUCCAACUGCAACAGACGCAGGGGCCUUCCACAAGAGAUGCAAAAUGACCUGGAACACCAGACCUCCCAAGAUCUCCCUCCUCCUCCACCUCCAUCUCCUCUGCCUCAUCCUCAUUCUCUUCCCCUUCUGGAGAAGCACCUGCCAAUAGUGACUAACACAAAUGGUCGCUCUGACCUGAUAGGUCGAGCCUUGGGCCAAGGACAAGGGCCCGGGCAGGGGGGCUCUGGGCAGGGCAUCACAUCAGGACAGUGUCGAGGUUUGGGUGUGGGUGACUGUGGACCUGGCUUGGGUUUGGGCCGGAAUCCCCUGGUCCAGGAGCUGUCUGAACUGGAGGGGCAAAUCCUAGUUAUCAAGCAGCAGCUGCAGUCAGCAAUGAGGCGGAAGAGAGAGCUGGAACAGUAUCAGUCAGAGAACCAGCAAGCAAAUCAAAUUGCACCCAGUCAGCCUCCUGUGCACCAGUCUAACCAGUUUGCUCAGUAUACCCAGUCCCACCAGCAGACUAACCAACACACAAACACACUCCCUGAAUUCUGACUUUUCUCUGCUGUUCUGCCAAGAGAAGCACGGUCGGACGUGGAGUUAGUUUCCAAAACCUGUUGGAGGUUUGGGAAGAGGAAUCUUUUUCUUUGGUUUGGAGUUGGAUCCUUUACCCACUUCUCAGAGCUGGACUGAAAUGUCCUCCAGGGAACAGAUCCAGCUCUAUAGGUCUUGGACAGUUGGAUUAACUUGAACUGGAAGCACUGGGCAAAGGUGAACCAGAUACGUUGACCAAGUCUGUUUUCACUGGGUUGUUCCUGUCACUGAAGAGCUGUGCAAACCUCCUCUUCUAACCCACCAUACCGUCUUUUCUCCUUUUUCUGAGCCACAUAUUUUCCUUUUACGUCCAUCCCUACUUCUCUCUUCUCCUGUCUCUUGACCCUUGCAGCCCUUUUCUCUCUAACGGUUCAGAUUUGCUUGCCACGAUAAUAGGCCUGAGCACAGUAAUGAGGAUUUAAAUUUAGUGGUCCUACUCGCCUGACUCUUAUGUUGGGAGUCGCUGACGACCGUGAUGUGGAUGAGCUGUGCUCAAACCAAGGGGGUUAGGUCUUUAUGUCAUUAGGUCUUACAGAAACCUUGUAUUUUUUUUUUAAUGGACAGAGAAAGAAAUCCACCUAGUAAUGAGUUGAUAAGUUACUAUUAAAGACCUGAUGUUGUCAACCUUUAUUAUGAACACAAUUUGGCUUUGUUAACUUUAUUCUUGUGACACUUUAAGGUGUGAGUGGGGAAAUUGUUAAUAUUUAACACGAUAUAUACAAAAAUUCCACAUUUUACUUACCACCCUGCAACACUGUCCUGCACUUCACAGAUGCAUUCCAAAUCUUCACCUAAAAUGCAUCUUUUGAUUUGUCAGAGUUUAACUUUUGGUCCAUUACUCCUUCCUAAUAUUACAGACCCAAGAGUUUAUACAUCCAAUGGUAAUCGCUCCAAGAGUUGUCACUUUAUUGUCAGGGAAAACUAAGUCCAUAGCAGGACAUUUAUAAACAAUUUUGAGUUCACACUGGUGCUCUGGUAACCUCAGUUUUUGGUAAAAAGCCAGUCCUGUAACAGUAUCAAUGUUUAUGUGGACAUACACAAGCUGUGCUCUGAUGUCUUCUUUGAAUUUGACGAUAAUUAACAAACAAUCGAACACACUGCAGCAGUCCCUCUGUGCCGAGA